GUCUCUUCCCCGCCAUCCUCAACCUGGCCAGUAAUGCAGAGAUCACCACCAACGCCACCUGUGGAGAGCCUGAGCCAGAGAUGUACUGUAAGCUAGUGGAACACGUACCAGGACGACGCAUCCGCAACUCCCAGUGUCGAACCUGUAAUGCCCAGAGUCAAAACCCCAAAGGUACAGUAGUCAAGAGCCUCUGAGCAUGCAUAUGGGAGGGGUGGGGAGGAGAGUCUGGGGUUUUACUGUUAUGCCUGCUGGCUAGUGCUCCAGACAGUUUGACUUUCCACAGUCUCACUAUCUUUGAGUCAUCUGUCUGAAAAACAGUACUCCAGGUGUGGAUUCCAGGCAUUUAUGUUCUUGCUUUUCUCUUGAUGUUAUGCAGAGCAACAUCCAAUCACCAAUGCUAUCGACGGCACCAACGGGUGGUGGCAGAGCCCAAGCAUAAAAAAUGGCCGCCAGUUCCACUUGGUGACCAUCACUCUGGAUUUACGACAGGUAGGAAUUCUCAGGACUGCUAUGUUGCUGCUUUUACACUGCGCCGCUUUCUUUAACUACAGGCUGGGAACACACACACACUAUAAAUUGUGCCUUCCUGUAUUAUACUUAUGCUAAAACCAUUAUUCCAUUCUACUGAGCUAUUUACCUUAUGUUUAUAUUCUUGUCUUUUAUUAUUUCUUAUUGUUGUUGCAUUGUCGAGAAAGAACCUGCAAGUAAGCAUAUACCAUGUGUAUCCUAUACAUAUGACUAAUAAAACGUGGGUGCUGCUGAUAACAAAAUGGUGGGGGGAGGGGGCUAUGCCUGGAUGGCCUCUCUCUCCCUACAUCUCUCUUUUUAAUGCCUCUUUUUUUCUCACAUUCUCUUUCUCUCUUUCUAUCCAUUCCUCUCUCUGUGCCUUAUUUCUUUCAUUCUUACACUCUCCCUCUCCAUUUAUCUCUCAUUCCAUCUCUAUCCAGUUCUCUCUCUCUCUCUCUCUCUCUCUCUCUCUCUCUCUCUCUCUCUCUCUCUCUCUCUCUCUCUCUCUCUCUCUCUCUCUCUCUCUCUCUCUCUCUCUCUCUCUCUCUCUCUCUCUCUCUCUCUCUGUCUCUCCCAAAUUGUGAGGGGGGGACUGAGCUGAGCCAGCUACUUAAAAAAAAAUCCUGUUUCAACAGGCACUCGAAAACAAGACCCUCUUUCAUCGAGCCACCACACACACACACUAUAGUAGGCUGCUGUGAUGGUGCAGUCUUUUAACCAACCUGUUUCAGAGGUGCACACUAUAUCACAUCACCUACUGCAGUCACACAGUAUAUCACUGGGGAUUAGACUGAAUGUCAUACCCAUGCUAAGAUGUGUCCCCUCCCUACUUCCUCUUGCAACUUAUAUUGACCUCAGGAAUGCACAAAUGGAACCUCAUUUGGAUGUAUACAUCCCAGUAAUUGUUUUAAUGUGAAAAUACAAUCUUCAAAGUGUGCAUCUGUGUGUGUGUGUGUGUGUGUGUGUAGCCAUUCACCUACCUUUCAACGCUCUGUCUGCCUAGAUUACAUGUCAUCCUGCAUCUAGAUUUAGCCUCAGUUUUGAUACUAGGGCUGGGAAUUGCCAGGGACCUCACAAUAUAAUAUUAUCACGAUACUUAGGUGCUGUUCCAAACAUUUUGCUCACCAUAUGUUUGCUGCAGCGGGACGAAAGAGAGCCAUGAGAAAACGAGUUUUGAUCAGUUAUGUAAAUAUAAGUGCUGAAAACAAAUUGGCUCCCUAUUUCAAAAGAAGAUGGAGAACAAGCUACGAAGGAAAAAGACUGGAGUUUUGGUGCAGGUACAGCCGAGUAGGUCAAAAAUAAUAUAGAAAUUCCCGACCACUAUAGGCUACCUCAACAGGCUUAAGAUUUGAGAUGUGAUGUUUAUCCACUGCUUAGCAAUGGAGGAGAUGAAAGUGGAAUAAACAGGUUCAGUGGUGACGAGAAUACAGCUCGGAGCCAGUCACUUUAAUCUAGCGCGUUUGAUUCAAAAUGAGCGUUUGGGACUACUCCGCAGUAAACGUACACUUAUCUCUACAUUUGAUUUGCAACCGCAGAAGAUUCCAUGAUUCCAUUUCCUUCCCCUCGAGAGUUAUCAGGGAAAAAUGGUGAAGACACAUGCAGAAACAGGGAAAAUCAAAGGUUGAGAGAAGUCGGGAUUACAGGCCGAUGUAUCAUUAACAUUCCCAGUGAGAUUCCUGACGUGUGAUAACUUUGAUAUGGUAAUGUCAUUAUAUGUUCUAUCGUUGCUACCAAAGAGAGUUGUCAUGACUUAACACUGAGAUAUGGUAGCAGUGAGUGAUGGAAUUGUAUCUGGUGCUAAAUACACAGUAUAGGCCAAAUUAUUCAAAAUGUUACAUUAUCAUACAACAAUAAUAGAAUAUUCUCACAUUAGAUCAAACAAACAUUUGUAUGAAGUUAAUAAAAGCAAAACCAAGCGUGUCAUGUCAAUAAAUCAACAUUGUGAAUAGCAGAUGUCAAGAAAAGCAUAAUAACCCAACUCAUAAACCAACCCAAAAUGACUGAGACUUCUCAAAACCAGUUUCAAGAGCGAAGAGAAACAUCUACAUGGAAAAGAUUAGCUUGUCAAUGGGAGCUUUGUUUGACUGAUUCAUUAUAUCUCUAAAAAACUCAUAUUUACCAUAAGCUAGUGCUAGUCUAGCUAGCCCUCUCCUCUGAGGAGCUGAGAUACUUUGUGUCUCCAACUAACUGCUACAUCUCAAUACUGACGUCUUCAUGUGGGAGAACACUGAUUCUCACAACAGUAGCAUGAAUGCAACUGGUGCCCUAAGAAAAUAUAACAUUAUAUCUAGGCUAUAUCUUCCUUUUUUACAAACUGAUGGCUUUAAUCUCUGUUCAAAAAAAGGGUUUAAAAUAAGUCUACAGUGCCACAAUGUAAAUAUAUUCUUAUAUAAGCUACAGUAUGUUGCACAUAUGUUCUAUUUUAAGUGAAUAAGUGAAAUGCCUAUAUACACUUAUUUGAUGAAGACAUGUGUUUUUGGUUUGGUACCAGUGGCAUCCAUCUUGAUUAAAGCCCCCAGUGUGGUGCCUAGCAGACAGUACUAGUAUUGACCAGUAUCCAGCAGGAGUCCAAACCCGAAAGGAAACAGUGUCAAAGUGUCAGGAUUUAGAUGGGCUAAUCUGCCUGUGGAUGCCAUUCCAGCACAUCACACACACACUCACACACACACACACACAUACAUACACGGGGGGGGGGGGGGGGGGGGGGGGCUCUUUAUCCAAUUAACAGGCCCCAGCCAAACAAACAGAGGGGACACCAUUUGGGGCUCUCAUCCUGUGGGCCCCCCAGGCGGCUCAAACCCAGGGGAGAGAGGGUUAGAGAGGGGAGAGGGGCAAAUGCAGGCACUGCUGUCCAAACAGCCCCCUGUCCCACUGCCCAGCUGUGUUGGCCCACUCCCUUUACAGCGACAAUGCCGCCACCGUCACCACCACAAUAGCCAUCGUAAGGACCCUCUGACAAAAUACAACCUGUAAGGCCCACCGAUAUGUCAACAUGUUACCUUACUUUUUAUAGACACACUUCAUGUAAACAAUGUGGGAAGUGGGAAGGUAGUAUGUUGAUGGGUUGUGAUUGGUGAGAAGGGACCGUCCAUAACACUUGAUAGGGUUCAAAUUCACAUUCAAAUGUGAAUUGAACAAAUCCUGAAUUGGAGGGGGGGAUCAUUGAAGACAAUGACCAAUUUACAAUUAUUUUCCAAUAUGGAAUUGACCCCGACCCCAACCUCUAAAGAAAACCUAUCUGUGAUGUGAUUCAUAACUUACAGUAAGUGUUUCUGGUGAAAGAGCCAUGGCGGUGGCUGGUUUCCUACACUGGCUCAUACUGGCUGAUAUCCACACUGUCCUGUCAAGUUUGUGGCUGGGCCUCUCUGAGCACAUGUCCUGUCGUGUCCGGGGCUCUCCGGCCCCCAUCGCCCUUCCCCCAUCUCCGAUCUCCCACCAACACAAAAGACUUACUCAUCUCCCCCCUCUAGACAAAAAAGGCCUGUGGCCAAAUGCCAGCCUCUUUUAUGUGGUCCGAACCCACAGCCAUGACUUCCACCGCUAUUGUCUGUGUCUGGAUUCCAACUUUACUGCCACCACAGCAUACAGUGAGGGAAGAAAGUAUUUGAUCCCCUGCUGAUUUUGUACAUUUGCCCACUGACAAAGACAUGAUCAGUCUAUAAUUUUAAUGGUAGGUUUAUUUGAACAGUGAGAGACAGAAUAACAACAAAAAAAUUCAGAAAAACGCAUGUAAAAAAUGUUAUAAAUUGAUUUGCAUUUUAAUGAGGGAAAUAAGUAUUUGACCCCUCUGCAAAACAUGACUUAGUACUUGGUGGCAAAACCCUUGUUGGCAAUCACAGAGGUCAGACGUUUCUUGUAGUUGGCCACCAGGUUUGCACACAUCUCAGAAGGGAUUUUGUUCCACUCCUCUUUGCAGAUCUUCUCCAAGUCCUUAAGGUUUCGAGGCUGACGUUUGGCAACUCAAACCUUCAGCUCCCUCCACAGAUUUUCUAUGGGAUUAAGGUCUGGAGACUGGCUAGGCCACUCCAGGACCUUAAUGUGCUUCUUCUUGAGCCACUCCUUUGAUGCCUUGGCCAUGUGUUUUGGGUCAUUGUCAUGCUGGAAUAACCAUCCACGACCCAUUUCCAAUGCCCUGGCUGAGGGAAGGAGGUUCUCACCCAAGAUUUGACGGUACAUGGCCCCGUCCAUCGUCCCUUUGAUGCAGUGAAGUUGUCCUGUACCCUUAGCAGAAAAACAACCCCAAAGCAUAAUGUUUCCACCUCCAUGUUUGACGGUGGGGAUGGUGUUCUUGGGGUCAUAGGCAGCAUUCCUCCUCCUCCAAACACGGCGAGUUGAGUUGCUGCCAAAGAGCUCGAUUUUGGUCUCAUCUGACCACAACACUUUCACCCAGUUCUUCUCUGAAUCAUUCAGAUGUUCAUUGGCAAACUUCAGACGGCCCUGUAUAUGUGCUUUCUUGAGCAGGGGGACCUUGCGGGCGCUGCAGGAUUUCAGUCCUUCAUGGCGUAGUGUGUUACCAAUUGUUUUCUUGGUGACUAUGGUCCCAGCUGCCUUGAGAUCAUUGACAAGAUCCUCCCGUGUAGUUCUGGGCUGAUUCCUCACCGUUGUCAUGAUCAUUGCAACUCCACGAGGUGAGAUCUUGCAUGGAGCCCCAGGCCGAGGGAGAUUGACAGUUAUUUUGUGUUUCUUCCAUUUGCGAAUAAUCGCACCAACUGUUGUCACCUUCUCACGAAGCUGCUUGGCGAUGGUCUUGUAGCCCAUUCCAGCCUUGUGUAGGUCUACAAUCUUGUCCCUGAAAUCCUUGGAGAGCUCUUUGGUCUUGGCCAUGGUGGAGAGUUUGGAAUCUGAUUGAUUAAUUGCUUCUGUGGACAGGUGUCUUUUAUACAGGUAACAAGCUGAGAUUAGGAGCACUCCCUUUAAGAGUGUGAUCCUAAUCUCAGCUCCUUACCUGUAUAAAAGACACCUGGGAGCCAGAAAUCUUUCUGCUUGAGAGGGGGUCAAAUACGUAUUUCCCUCAUUAAAAUACAAAUCAAUUUAUAAAACAUUUUACAUGUGUUUUUCUGGAUUGUUUUGUUGUUAUUCUGUCUCUCACUGUUAAAAUAAACCUACCAUUAAAAUUAUAGACUGAUUAAUUUCUUUGUCAGUGGGCAAACGUACAAAAUCAGCAGGGGAUCAAAUACUUUUUUCCCUCACUGUAUCUUAAAUGUUCAAACUGCUGAAAUUGGGUCUUGUUCUUGACUAGGCCUGAGAAUGUACUGCUUUUCAGUGUUCUGCUGGUUUCUAUUCAGUGUCAGAGACACAACAAAUAGGGGAGCCAAAUGACAGCCUCCAAAAGCUUUUCUGUGUGAAUAUUUAUAAAAUACUCAAGUAAUUUACCUGACAAUUUUACAUAUUCAAAAUCAACGUUGUCUAACUUUGUGUCUAACUUAUAAUCACACACAGGCAGUUUGGUGUGUAUUGUAACAAGCUAGAGGUUAGGACAAGGUCUUUAUAGCAUGUUGGUGAUUAGUAGCAAGAAGGACAUAGCUCUGCUCAGUGUCUGUGGUGGCCAUAUUUCUUUAGUUUUGGUCUAGGCUUCUCCCUCCAGUGAGGGGACUUAGCUCCGCUCUCUGAGCUCCACAGCCCCGGCCCCGCCCAGGGCGAAGCUCAACUGGUGAACUGGGCCCCUUUGAUGGCUUAGGGGCUGAUGGGUAAUCCUCCUGUCUCUCCCCUGCAGCCUGGUUCCGCUCGUUCCCACUGGCCGGGUACCCCUGACUGUCUUCUCCCGCCUUGUUAUCUUUCACCCGCUCUCCCGUCGGCCAAACUGGCACAGAGGCUAGUCUGGCUACCGGUCGGGAAGCACACUUCUAUUCCUUAAUGUUACUCCAAUUGGAAAAGUGUUAGUAAGUGUAUGUGUUUUCGUUUUGUCUCGUAGGUCACAGUUUACCCUUCGAUUACCCCACGAUUCAGUCUUCUAACACACUGGUCAGACUUUUUCACUUAUCCUUUGAGACAACCCCUGCCAAACCCCCCCACCUGAUCCAAAAUGGCAGCUAAUUACAAAGAUAAUCCUCUGCCUGUUUCCCGCAGCUACUGGCAGCCAGGUCUUGCUAGCUCACAUCAAAGUCCGCCAGCCAGUCACAGUGACCAGGCAGCUUAGCCGAGGCACACCAUUACACAGGGCUUUGUGUCCUACUGGGCGGAAUGGGAUUUAAUGGUAACGACUGGGUGGCUAAAGAGACACAGUGGGAACAACUUUGCCCUCAGCAUCUAGUAAUGACUAACACUUUGUAUUCUAGCAGUCACAGUAACUAGCCACGUCAAAACAUAUUGCUGAAAUGUGGCACUCAGAUCACAAUUUCAGCAAACUGUCCCAAUUUCUGACACAGAUAUCUGAUUUCAUUGGUUUUACAUUUGAAAUAACUGAUAUCUGGUGAUGUUAGCUAACUUGUAUCCUCUAAACUGAGUGCUCUAGUAAUGGGCUUUUAGUUAACUUGAGGCACAAAGGCAGCUAGUCCACUGUUCAGGUCUGCCUCCAUCCAGGACUGGAAUGUGUUGUAGUCCAUAUGGAUCCAGAUUAACUAACCCAGUCCAGUCACAGCAUCUGUUUGCCCCACGAGAACACUAAGCACCUUUGAGGGAGGUCGUAGACACACACACACAUACACACACACACACAUUCUGGAUUAGACUGGGCCAAAGAACCAAAGAAAGAAGCUCUGGUGACCAAGCUUCCUUGAUGAAAAUAAUGAUGCUUCCUGUCAAAAUGAUUCUACAGAUUGAAGCCCCAGAGAGAGAAAGCUGCUGCUGGGACAGGAAUGUUAACCUCACUGACCACAUUACCUUUCCUGUCCCAGCCGUCUAUCUAGUCAUCUCAAGGACAUGGAAAGAUAUCAGAAUCUGGCAACCCAAACAUUCCCAUAUUGACUAGAAGUCUGCACAGACUGUACAAUUUUAUCCGUCUUAUGCCACGAUUUUGCCGUUAUGGCAAAUUUUCUGGUCGUAAAUGAUUGUCACACAUCUUGGCUCAUUCAGUGUGACAGCGUCUAGGUCUGCCGAUUAAGUACCACUAAGUGCGGUCGUAGGCUUCGACCAGAGUUCUGUCUGUGUCUGAAAUUUGGAGCCUUUAUCAUGUAGUGUGGCUGGUGUUACGAGCUGAUCCCGGUGACCGACCAAUAGGCACUGAGUAUGCACACACAAAAAUAUGAUUAUUGUAAAUAGUCUGAUUAAUAUAAUAGUUUGAUUUAAACGUUUACAUGCUUUGCAAGAAUAACUAUUUCCCUAAUAAUCUUGUUCACAUGACAUAUCUGAAAUCAGGCUAACUGAUGGGAUUUUAAUAAAUGCAAAAAAAUACUUUUGGGACAUAUAAAGUUUGUGUAUGAAAACUAUUUCUAAAAUGCAUACUUUUUCAAAACUCACUUCACUUGCGCAUGAGCAUAGAGGGAGGCUUGCUCUGCUGGUGCUGGCACAUGUGCAGAUCAAAUACACCUCUGCAGUUGGCGUAACCUACAUCGGCUAAUUUAGCCACGCAAGCCAAUAGCAGAAUGUGACGACAAAACUGAAACAAAUCGUACAAUCUGGCCAGAUUAAUAUCAAGAGUUUUAUUUGGUAACAUCGCACAGUGCAACAUAUAAUAAUUGUAAAAUACUAAAUAUGAAGUACAGUGUGGGAAGGCCUUAAGGCAUUUAGCCAAAGAUGUUUGUCUAGCUAUCAGAGGCCCAUACAGGUGAAUCUUUCAAGGCUGUAGAGAGGAUUUCAGAAUCUGUCAACCCUAUGGUUUCUAUACAGACUAAGGCAUUUAGCCAAAGAUGUUUGAACCGAACGUCUUGUCUAGCUUUCAGAAGCCCAUACGGGCUAAUCAUUCUGUAACUUGAGGAUCAGACAUAACCUGAGGGAAGUCAACCAGCUCUCCAUUUCAAAUGAUCUAUCUCAGCGCUGAGGGGGGAUUGACAUUUAGAUGCACUGGAACGACUUGUGUGGCUUGGCGACGAUACCCGCUAACGCUCGCGUUCCCUCGCCGUUGAGGAAGUUAUGAAUCGGCCGUAAAUCAGCUGUGACAUGCCAGCAGGUGUGCCUCCUGUCCGCAAGGUAGACUUACAGCCUCGUGUCGCUGCCUGGAACCUUUAGGGAGGAUUUAACAGAGGGGGGGUGGGGAUGAAGUGUAAGCUUCCUGUCCCAGGUGUCUAGUUUCCACUUAGCCCCUGGGGAAACGCACCAUUGACAAGCCAAUUGGAGAAGCCGAUAACGGCUAGCUCAGGUUCUAUGUAUGUUUAUGUGAGGCAGGCUAGACUGUUAUUAGUGUCACUGAGAGGGUCAUAGAGAGGUGAGAGAGAGGGAAAGAGAGAAUGAGAAAGGACAUUCUGGUAAUAAAUAACAUCUCCAUUGCAAUGGCAGUCUAGUAGUGCCCUGUGACUGUGUAAGGGCCAUAGGGGAGUGUUGAGGAGACAGUGAGAGAGUGGAAGCAAGGUCUCACAGUGGGGUUCAAGGGAGCUUUAAUUGUUAGCUACAGACCACACUUUAGCUUGGUAACCUAUCAUAUGAUGUGUAAGGGGUCAUAUGCCACGCUGUUAGGGCCAGAUGCACUAAGACUGGAAUUCAAUCAAACAUGCAAUUAACAUUGUGACUACGCCACAUGAAAGAGGGUUACAGAGAGUUUGUGGUUUAACGCUGAGUGGUUAAAUGUGUCAGUACACUGUUAUUACGUUAAAACAGACCUGUUGUGCUCCUUGUCAAUCAAAGACUCAUAUGUAAGGUGCACAGCUUGAGCUUUCAGUCAUGCACAAUAAAAUGGAGAUCCAGACAUAAAAUAUUAUGGGUGGGAGAAUAACUCUGUGUGUGUGUGUGUUUGUGCAUGAGUGCAUGUGUGUGUGUGUGUGUCCUUUGUACUCACACUGUUAAAUAUUAAAUAUUAAAAUCUGUCUGUCUGUCUGUGUCUACAGAUUUUCCAGGUGGCCUACAUCAUCAUCAAGGCAGCCAACUCCCCUCGUCCUGGUAACUGGGUGCUGGAGCGUUCAAUGGACGGUGUUGAGUACACACCCUGGCAGUACUACGCCAUCAGCGACACAGAAUGUCUGACCCACUACAACAUCACCCCCCGCCUCGGACCCCCCACCUACAAACGAGACGACGAGGUCAUCUGUACCUCUUAUUACUCACGCCUCGUACCCCUGGAGCAUGGAGAGGUAGCUAUCUAUUUAUUACUCACGCCUCGUACCCCUGGAGCACGGAGAGGUAGCUAUCUAUUUAUUACUCACGCCUCGUACCCCUGGAGCACGGAGAGGUAGCUAUCUAUUUAUUACUCACGCCUCGUACCCCUGGAGCAUGGAGAGGUAGCUAUCUAUUUAUUACUCACGCCUCGUACCCCUGGAGCACGGAGAGGUAGCUAUCUAUUUAUUACUCACGCCUCGUACCCCUGGAGCACGGAGAGGUAGCUAUCUAUUUAUUACUCACGCCUCGUACCCCUGGAGCACGGAGAGGUAGCUAUCUAUUUAUUACUCACGCCUCGUACCCCUGGAGCAUGGAGAGGUAGCUAUCUAUUUAUUACUCACGCCUCGUACCCCUGGAGCACGGAGAGGUAGCUAUCUAUUUAUUACUCACGCCUCGUACCCCUGGAGCAUGGAGAGGUAGUUAUCUAUUUAUUACUCACGCCUCGUACCCCUGGAGCACGGAGAGGUAGCUAUCUAUUUAUUACUCACGCCUCGUACCCCUGGAGCACGGAGAGGUAGCUAUCUAUUUAUUACUCACGCCUCGUACCCCUGGAGCACGGAGAGGUAGUUAUCUAUUUAUUACUCACGCCUCGUACCCCUGGAGCAUGGAGAGGUAGCUAUCUAUUUAUUUAAACUUUAUAUUACCACAGUGGUCUGAAACUCCCGGCCUGCGAGCCACAUUGAGCUCAUGAGCUGCAUGUUGGUGACCCACAGGCCGGGAGUUUCAGACCACUGCUUUACUAGGUCCGGUUCAGCGCAGAUAAUUGGAUGAGAAUGAGCUCUGUGCACCCCCCUCUAGCACCUGUAGUCCAGACAAGGGAUGACUCAACCGUCCUCCCGAUAAUGAAAGCCUGCUUUCCCGGAGUUCCAGACGCCAGCCAGCCUGCUGGGCUACUGUCACUCUAGCCGAGGCAGAGCCGUAAUGAACAUCUGUGGUUAGGAUACUCUGUGGUUUCUCACAGCCCCUGGGGGUGCAUCUCAGUAAUUUAACAAGGAAGGGAGACAAGGAGAUGAAGCCACUUUAGACUAUUGAGACGCACCCCGAAGCCCACAGUGAGAUCCUUGAUCCUGUCUUAUAUUGUUUAGCCCUGUGUUAUGUCAUUUGCCUGUUGGUCUGACUGGCAAGUGAUAUCAGGGAAAAAAGUAUCGUAAUGACGUAAUUCUGUCAAUAUGUACUGUAUGUGUGUUGUUCAUUUUUGCCACUAGUCUUUGAUCGAAAACGUGUAAAAAUAAAAUGAAAAAUGACUUUGUGAUUUAUUAAGCCAUAUUUGGUCAUGAAGGUCCUUUGACGUCGUCGUCCAUCUUUUUCUGCCCUAUUCAGAUCCACACGUCUUUGAUCAACGGGCGGCCCAGUGCUGACCAACUGACCCCAGAGCUGCUAGACUUCACCUCAGCCCGCUACAUCCGGCUGCGUCUGCAGAGGAUCCGCACGCUCAACGCCGACCUCAUGACCCUCAGCUACCGUGACCCCAAGGAGGUGGACCCCAUCGUCACCAGACGGGUAUGACUAAAGCACUAUCACUAGCACUCACUAACUGUUCUGUUUUCUGUUUAAAUAGUAUGUUAAACCAAAUUGGUCAUUCAUUCAAAAUAUGUGGUUUGUGCGUUGUCUUGAAAAACGUUUUCAAAAUGUAUAUUGCAUUUUUAUGGUUGGUUAUGAGCUAUUUGCAUCUGAAUGUGUGAAGUAUGAGUUGAUACAUCAGUUGUCAUUUCUCCAGGCAGAUUUGAGUGUAAUUAAUUGGCUUUGUAUUUUGUUUCAGUCUUGUCAUUCUAACUUGAUUGGCAUUGUGUUUCCUUCUGCAGUACUACUAUUCAAUCAAGGACAUCUCAGUGGGCGGGAUGUGCAUCUGUUACGGCCACGCCCAGAGCUGCCCCUUGGACCCCGUUGCCAAGGUAACUCCAGGCCGUCUUCAGUUUUGCCCGUUCAGACUCACACGGUGGUUGUCAUUCAGCUUUUUUUUAGUGUAAAACUUAUUUACUGCCUUUCACAUAUUGUGUGAGAUGUUAAACAUUUUGACCCAGUUAAGCUCCUCUUAUCAGGGUCAACAUUGGUUCAUUGCUGUACUAAAGAGUACUUUUAUAUCUAUUUUAUGCAAAGUAUGGUAGUAAUACUUCUUUAUGAUAAAUCAAUUUGGCAAACACAUUUGUUUUAUAAGUGAAUUUAGUAUUCCCAGCCCCCCCCCAUAGUCCCUGGAGGAAUGGUUCGGCUCAACAUUUACUCAGUAGAAUUGGUUGCCUUCCUCAUUAAGUGGGAAUGUCACCUUAACAAGAGGAUGAGAAAGCAAGCACUAAUCCUGUGACCCUUCAACUUGCCACUUGGAAAUGCACUCAUAUAUUUCACACCAACGUACAGAUGUAGGAUUUUAAUUUGACCUCCCUGUUGCAGGAGAACUUUCCUGCAAUGCAGGAAAUGUAAAACUUGAAGUAUAUUUGAAGUUUAAAAAGGCUUUCAAAUUUCAGACCCCAAAAAUGUCCAUGUAUUAUAAUAAUCCACAUACAAAUUCACAUUUCCUGUUGUUGCAGGAUAAUUUUCCUGCUGUAGCAAAAUGGCUCAAAUUAAGAUCCUACAUCUGUAACACACAAACAUCAUGACAUGAUACGCAUACAACACACACGUGUCACUUCACACCUUGUAUAGGACCAGCUGUUUGUUUGACAAGGAAAAAUUAGGAAAUAAUGUGUGUGUGUGUCCCACUCCCAGCUGGCAAUAGGACUUAAUCGGUCACUUCCUGUGGCUCCUCCUCACCUCUCUCUCUCUUUUGUCCUCUCAGAAGUUGCAGUGUGUGUGUGAGCACAAUACCUGUGGGGAGAGCUGUAAUGAGUGUUGCCCCGGCUACCACCAGGAACCGUGGCAACCGGGAACCCUCUCCAACGGCUACACAUGCGAGAGUAAGCUGCACUUGGUCUUUUUGGGCCUAAGGGGAAAUAAGUCUAAACCUUAUCUUAAGUAGAAGACCAUACUGUACAUGUUUGCUUUGGGUUGUCGCUUAGUAAAUAAAGACAACGGAAUUACAUGCUGGAUUUAGACUUGAUUUAAAGUGUGCCAGAUCAGAUAAAAUAACUCUCACGCUUUUCAAUUAAAUCCACUUGCAUGUUUCACUUAUUCGUUGACACACAUGAAAGAGGUUCUUGUUUCCUGUCCCUCUGGUGAAUUCCAUGAGACACUUUUGAAGGAAUUCAAGCAUUUUAAUAUCAAUAGAUGUGAAGCAGAGUUAGCUACUGUACGGGCUUUUACAAGCUUUUUAUGUAAAUGUCAUAUUUGAUAUCAUCAUAUCUCAGCUGUUUCAGCACCUUAAUGAAAUUGCACAUACCGUGUUUACUCAAAGUACAGAAUAAAAUAAAAACUUGUGUGAACAGUAUGCAUACACUGAGUGUACAUAACAUUAGGAACACCUGCUCUUUCCUUGACGUAGACUGACCAGGUGAAUCCAGGUGAAAGCUAUGAUCCCUUUUAGACAGUUGAGACAUGGAUUGUGUAUGUGUGCCAUUCAGAGGGUGAAUGGGCAAGACAAAAUAUUUAAGUGUCUUUGAACAGAGUAUGGUAGUAGGUGCCAGGCGCACCGGUUUGAGUGUGUCAAGAACUGCAACGCUGCUGGGUUUUUCACGCUCAACAGUUUCCAGUGUGUAUCAAGAAUGGUCCACCACCCAAAGGACAUCUAGCCAACUGUGGGAAACAUUGGAGUCAACAUGGGCUCCAAUGCUUGUAGUCCAUGCCCCGACGAAUUGAGGCUGUUCUAAGGGCAAAACGGGUGCUACUCAAUUUGGGAAGGUGUUCCUAAUGUUUUUCACACUCAUGUUUUCUUAAUAUAAAUUAUCCUUUCACUACUCUCACAUUUAAAGGUAGACUCAGCGAUAUGACGUUAGUGCACAAAAUAAACAGCAUAGUGGGUCAAUUUCCGCAACAACUAGGAGCAGUGAAGCACGAGGCUAAACUUCUCAGCUGUUUUGGUCCCGUACCUACCACGCUCUAACAGUGUGAAGCGAACCCAUGCACAUGCACAGAUACUGUGUGUGAUCGUGUGAGAGCAAAGUCUUGCAUCUCGCUCAUCGCAAUAUCUGAGUCUACCUUUAAGAUGCAUUAGUAGUUAUCUGAGCUAUUUAAUAUUCUCCUCCACUAGAAUGUAACUGCCACGACAAGGCCGAGGACUGCUAUUACAACCAAACUAUGGACGACCACAAGAUGAGCAUGAACUUGCAUGGUCACUUCCAUGGCGGGGGUGUGUGUAUCAAUUGUACCCAGAACACGGCCGGUGUCAACUGUGAGACCUGCGCAGAUGGCUUCUACAGACCCAGCGAGGUACUGUCCCCGUAAUCCGAUGCCCUCUUUGUGUCCCUAUGGUCCCCGUAAUCCAAUCCAUCAAUAUGGUCCCUGUUUCCUGAGGACCCCCCUGGUCUUCCUUUGUGUCCCCGCCUAGUGGCGUAAGCCUUUCUGUGCACUGUUGUGUACAUUCCUAUUGUCUGUGAUUGGACAAUAAAAUCUGUGUGUGUGUAUGUGGGCCUGAUUACAAACACAUUCUAGUUUUGGUUCUGUGGCUGUGGCUCAACGAAAGAUAAUGGAGUUUUGUGUUACUGUGUCCUCCUAGAAUGACUGUAGAGAGGAACUAUAUUGGUGUGAUGGCCCUUGCUUGGAUGGAUGAAUAGCGAUUUUAAACUUUUAAUUGCAGUGUGUACCUUGUGUGGAAUGUGAAUGGUCAUUGUGUAUUGGUUUCCUCCUGGGUGUGUGUGUGUGUGUGUGUGUGUGUGUGUGUGUGUGUGUGUGUGUGUGUGUGUGUGUGUGUGUGUGUGUGUGUGUGUGUAGGUGUCGCCCUACGAUGAGAACCCAUGUGUGGAGUGUGGCUGUGACAUGAGGGGGUCUUUGACUCCUGCCUGCAUCAGAGAUGACAACCACGCCAAGCUGGAGAAAGGUACAAACACGGAACUAUAAUGUACUGUGCCUGUGCUAACUGCACUAUGCUAACUGUGCUGUAUUGAAUGUGCUAACUGGACUAUGCUAACUGUGCAGUAGUGACAGUGCUAACUGGACUAUGCUAACUGUGCUGUAUUGACUGUGCUAACUAGACUAAGCUAACUGGACUAUGCUAACUGUGCUGUAUUGACUGUGCUAACUGUGCUGUAUUGACUGUGUUAACUGGACUAUGCUAACUGUGCAGUAGUGACAGUGCUAACUGGACUAUGCUAACUGUGCUGUAUUGACUGUGCUAAAUAGACUAAGCUAACUGGACUAUGCUAACUGUGCUGUAUUGACUGUGCUAGCUGGACAAUUACAUUUACGUCAUUUAGCAGACGCUCUUAUCCAGAGCGACUUACAAAUUGGUGCAUUCACCUUAUAGCGUGCGGAGGAGCGGGGUGACGUGAGAGAACUUGGGAAGGUUGAACACCAGACGGGCUGCUGCAUUCUGGAUGAGUUGUAGGGGUUUAAUGGCACAGGCAGGGAGCCCAGCCAACAGCGAGUUGCAGUAAUCCAGACGGGAGAUGACAAGUGCCUGGAUUAGGACCUGUGCCGCUUCCUGUGUAAGGCAGGGUCGUACUCUCCGAAUGUUGUAGAGCAUGAACCUACAGGAUCGGGUCACCGCCUUGAUGUUAGCGGAGAACGACAGGGUGUUGUCCAGGGUCACGCCAAGGCUCUUCGCACUCUGGGAGGAGGACACAACAGAGUUGUCAACCGUGAUGGCGAGAUCAUGGAACGGGCAGUCCUUCCCCGGGAGGAAGAGCAGCUCCGUCUUGCCAAGGUUCAGCUUGAGGUGGUGAUCCGUCAUCCAUACUGAUAUGUCUGCCAGACAUGCAGAGAUGCGAUUCGCCACCUGGUUAUCAGAAGGGGGAAAGGAGAAGAUUAGUUGUGUAUCGUCAGCGUAGCAAUGAUAGGAGAGGCCAUGUGAGGAUAUGACAGAGCCAAGUGACUUGGUGUAUAGCGAGAAUAGGAGAGGGCCUAGAACUGAGCCCUGGGGGACACCAGUGGUGAGAGCACGUGGUGCGGAGACAGCUUCUCGCCACGCCACUUGGUAGGAGUGAGCCGCGCCGGAGAUGCCCAGCUCGGAGAGGGUGGAGAGGAGGAUCUGAUGGUUCACAGUAUCAAAGGCAGCAGACAGGUCUAGAAGGACAAGAGCAGAGGAGAGAGAGUUAGCUUUAGCAGUGCGGAGAGCCUCCGUGACACAGAGAAGAGCAGUCUCAGUUGAAUGACCAGUCUUGAAACCUGACUGGUUUGGAUCAAGAAGGUCAUUCUGAGAGAGAUAGCAAGAGAGUUGGCUAAAGACGGCACGCUCAAUAGUUUUGGAAAGAAAAGAAAGAAGGGAUACUGGUCUGUAGUUGUUGACAUCAGAGGGAUCGAGUGUUGGUUUUUUGAGAAGGGGUGCAACUCUCGCUCUCUUGAAGACGGAAGGGACAUAGCCAGCGGUCAAGGAUGAGUUGAUCAGCGAGGUGAGGUAGGGGAGAAGGUCACCGGAGAUGGUCUGGAGAAGAGAGGAGGGGAUAGGGUCAAGCGGGCAGGUUGUUGGGCGGCCUGCAGUCACAAGUCGCAAGAUUUUAUCUGGAGAGAGAGGGGAGAAAGAAGUCAAAGCAUAGGGUAGGGCAGUGUGAGCAGGACCAGCAGUGUCAUUUGACUUAACAAACGAGGAUCGGAUGUCGUCAACCUUCUUUUCAAAGUGGUUGAUGAAGUCAUCCACAGAGAGGGAGGAGGGGGGGGGGGAGGAGGAUUCAGCAGGGAGGAGAAUGUGGCAAAGAGCUUCCUAGGGUUAGAGGCAGAUGCUUGGAAUUUAGAGUGGUAGAAAGUGGCCUUAGCAGCAGAAACAGAUGAAGAAAAUGUAGAGAGGAGGGAGUGAAAAGAUGCCAGGUCCGCAGGGAGUCUAGUUUUCUUCCAUUUCCGCUCAGCUGCCCGGAGCUCUGUUCUGUGAGCUCGCAAUGAGUCAUCAAGCCACGGAGCUGGAGGGGAGGACCGAGCCGGCCGGGAGGAUAGGGGACAUAGAGAGUCAAAGGAUGCAGAAAGGGAGGAGAGGAGGGUUGAGGAGGCAGAAUCAGGAGAUUGGAGGGAGAAGGAUUGAGCAGAGGGAAGAGAUGAUAGGAUGGAAGAGGAGAGAGUAGCGGGAGAGAGAGAGCGAAGGUUGCGGCGGCGCAUUACCAUCUGUGUAGGGGCAGAGUGAGUAGUGUUGGAGGAGAGCGAGAGAGAAAAGGAUACAAAGUAGUGGUCGGAGACAUGGAGGGGAGUUGCAGUGAGAUUAGUAGAAGAACAGCAUCUAGUAAAGAUGAGGUCAAGCGUAUUGCCUGCCUUGUGAGUAGGGGGGGACGGUGAGAGGGUGAGGUCAAAAGAGGAGAGGAGUGGAAAGAAGGAGGCAGAGAGAAAUGAGUCAAAUGUAGACGUAGGGAGGUUGAAAUCCCCCAGAACUGUGAGGGGUGAGCCAUCCUCAGGAAAGGAACUUAUCAAGGCGUCAAGCUCAUUGAUGAACUCUCCAAGGGAACCUGGAGGGCGAUAGAUGACAAGGAUAUUAAGCUUAAAUGGGCUAGUGACUGUGACAGCAUGGAAUUCAAAUGAGGAGAUAGACAGAUGGGUUAGGGGAAAAAUUGAGAAUGUCCACUUGGGAGAGAUGAGGAUUCCUGUGCCACCACCCCGCUGACCAGAUGCUCUCGGGGUAUGCGAGAACACAUGGUCAGACGAGGAGAGAGCAGUAGGAGUAGCAGUGUUUUCAGUGGUAAUCCAUGUUUCCGUCAGCGCCAAGAAGUCGAGGGACUGGAGGGUAGCAUAGGCUGGGAUGAACUCUGCCUUGUUGGCAGCAGAACGGCAGUUCCAGAGGCUGCCUGAGACCUGGAACUCCAGGUGGGUGGUGUGUGCAGGGACCACCAGGUUAGAGAGGCAGCAGCCACGCGGUGUGAGGCGUUUGUGUAGCCUGUGUGGAGAGGAGAGAACAGGGAUAGGCAGAGGCAUAGUUGACAGGCUGCAGCAAAUGGCUACAAUAAUGCAGAGGAGAUCGGAAUGAAAUGAACUAAACAUCUGGGAAAGGAGAGAGCGGGGCCUCCCUCACCACAACUCCCAAAUAUAACUCUCCCAACUUCCACUUCAGAAACUAUAGUUGUUUCAACUGAAAACACCCGAAUAUAACUCUCCCAACUUCCACUUUAGAAAUUAUAAUUGUUGUAAACUACAGCGGUUCAAUGUUUCUAGGAAUAGACUCUAACUUACUUUAUUCAGCUAGCUAACUUGGUACAGUAUUCUUCCAUGAAAACCGCCCAGGGCACCGUAUCCUAUGACGCCAUAGCUAACUAGCAUGCUAGCAUCCAAUAACACACGGUUUAGCACCAAUACUUGGUUACAACAAACUACCAAUAGUGUGUUAACACACUAAACAGAUAAUUCGUGUCCGUGUCUAGUUCCUUUCAUAACGCAGCAAUAAUUAAACGUUGGCUAGCUAGCACAAAGUCAGUCAUGCUAGCUACACAAGUGGACUACACAUCUCGAAUGUUCAGAAAGGGAAGCUUUAUGUUGCAAAAUUCUCAUUGACUAAAAUUAUAUUGUAUUUAGCUGCUACAGUACUGCUAGCUGGUAGUGUUGGCUAGCUAGCAAUGGCUGUGGUGUUGACUUUGUUUGAAAAACGGCGUCGCUGCGAACGAAUGUAGCUGGCUAAAAUGAUAUUGUAUUUAGUUGCUACAGUACUGCUAGCUGGUAGUGUUGGCUAGCUAGCAAUGGCUGCUGUGUUGACUUUGUUUGAAAAACGGCGUCGCUGCGAACGAAUGUAGCUGGCUAAAAUUAUAUUGUAUUUAGUUGCUACAGUACUGCUAGCUGGUAGCAUUGGCUAGCUAGCAAUGGCUGCGGUGUUGACUUUGUUUGAAAAACGGUGUCGCUGCGAACGAAUGUAGCUGGCUAAAAGGAUAUUUUAUUUAGUUGCUACAGUACUGCUAGCUGGUAGUGUUGGCUAGCUAGCAAUGGCUGCGGUGUUGACUUUGUUUGAAAAACGGCGUCGCUGCGAAUGAAUGUAGCUGGCUAGCUAACCUCGAUAGUUUCUCUAUACUACACCUUUAUCUUUGAUACAAAUACAACUAUGUAGCUAGCUAACAUUACACUAAUCAAAUCGUUCCGUUGUAAUGUAAUGUGUCAUAUUACCUGCGGAGCGAAGUACAGCAUGACUACUCACCUCGCCUGCCGCUCACCUUGGAACAAUGCUAACUGUGUUGUAUUGACUGUGCUAGCUGGACAAUGCUAACUGUGCUGUAUUGACUGUGCUAACUGGACAAUGCUAACUGUGCUGUAUUAACUGUGCUAACUUAACUGGUCUAUGCUAACUGUGCUGUAUUGACUGUGCUAACUGGACUAUGCUAACUGUGCUGUAUUGUCUGUGCUGUGCAGGUCUGAACCCAGGCCAGUGUCUGUGUAAAGAGGGCUUUGCAGGUGAGCGCUGUGAACGCUGUGCCUUUGGCUACAAGGACUUCCCCCUGUGUUCACGCUGUGAGUGCAGUCUGGAAGGCAGCUUCAACAUCGACCCCUGCACAGAGUGCAUCUGCAAGGUAACACUGGGGUAAUAUAGGGUAACACUUGCAUGAUGAGUAACCUUGCCUGAAGACCUGAAGACUUGCGUUAGCUCCCUGAGCUAAUGCCUAGGUUUUAGCUCAACAGGCUAAGACAGUUUUGUGCUCAUUGUCCCUGAAUGUUCCUACCAAACUAAUCACCCUAACCUGAUCUUCUCCACUGUGUGUGUGUGACUUAGGAGAACGUGAUGGGGGCCAACUGUGACCUGUGUAAGCAGGGUUUCUACAACCUGGAGGACCGUAACCCAGAGGGAUGCACAGAGUGUUUCUGCUUCGGUGUGUCUGACGUGUGUGAGAGUUCACCCUGGUCUUUGUCUCAGGUAACACACUGCAACACCCACAUCCAAAUAUACCCUCAUACACACAUCCAUUUAAUUACCUAGUUGUUCCUUUGGACAAGAAUAUCCAUAAUAUGCAGCAACCAACUCCAAUGGUUCCACAUCGUUUUGUUGGGAGCCUUUAAACUCUUUGAUACUGUAGAACUCAAUAACACAUAACCAGUAAAUUGGAUCUGCCUGUGAUGUUCUCAUGACAAAUGUAUUGAAGAAGUUUUCUCCUGGCCCAUAGACUGUUCACUCCAAUGGAUGGCUCCUUCCAACCCAAAGCGUCUCCAUCUACACGGCACCCCUCACUGAUGACGACAACAACCUCAUUGUCCCCAGCAUCACCAUGAUCCAGUCGUACCGUUUUGUGUCUACCUGGGCCGCCCCGGAGGGUUUUCUGGGAAACAGGGUAAGAGUUUUGCUAACAUACAGUAUACUGUUCCUAUGCCACCUACACUAAACUCUCACCUAUGGAGUUCCCGUAUUCCUUCUGAGCUCGAAGUUGUCUGUCACAGUGACAUGUCCAGCUAGCUAAUGACCUGCAUGUAUUAGCUUGGGACAAAUUGAUUUCACAAUCCCCAUAGGAGGGAGGAAAUAGACCUCUGUUCUCCCUGUAGUUUUCUCUCUCUGUCUCUCUUGCUACUGUAUUUCUCUCUUUUUCACUCUCCUCUCUCUCUUCUCUUUCUCUCCCUCAUUUUCUCUACCUGAAAACUACAAUAUUUCCGCUCGUCCUUUGUAGUCCCCCUCUUCUUUCCUCCCACUGUGUGUUAAUACAGGGUGACCUGUAAUUAUAGUCAAGUAGGGCCGGGUCCUGUGAUGUUGGAACGGUACAGAGAAAUAUCGAAGAGCCCUCACUGCUGCUCGAUCAUCCUAUUUUUCCAACUUAAAAAAUGUAUAUUUGAUACUGUCGCAAAGCUAACUAAAAAGCAGCAUCCCCCAAGAGAGGAUGCCUUUCACUUCAGCAGUGAUGAAUUCAUGAAGAUCAUGAUCAUUAGAAUGCAAACUACAGACUCCUCUUUGAAUCUGCGUAUUUCUCCAAAGCUCAGCUGUCUUGAGUCUGCACAAAACUGCCAGGACCUAGGAUCAAUGGAGACGCUCAAGUUUUUUAAUCCUGUAUCUCUUGACACAUUCAUGAAAAUAGUCAUGGCCACUAAACCUUCAAGCUGCAUACUGGACUGGAAGGGUUGGUGUGAUGUGUGACCCAGGUGCGGUACAGGAUAGACAUUAGGCAGAGAUGGUGAAACAAAGAUCUUUACUGGUGGUCCCGAAGCCAGGAUACAAAAUAACGGACUUAACACGAUAAAAGAAAGGUGGCGCAAAUAAGUCUCCAAAAACAGGCUGACAGCCAAAAUACGAAAUAGUAACUACGACUGAAAUAAUAAAGAAACAGGGAGAACACUCGAGUACCUGUACAUACUUUCCCGAUCAAACACUGAUUAGUACUGCUGAGCAUAGAGAAACUAGCAGAGACAACUGAGUAUGGGAAGUGAGGGCAUAAAUACACAGGUGAACAGGUAGACACAGGUGACACCAAUAGGAUCAUGAUUAGUCCAGACUGUGAGUGAGGAGGUGCCUAAGGUUGUCGGAGGAGGACACCUAGUGGGGAUCACUCCAGAACUGCGACACCCUCCGGUAACACUGGACCUUAUUCCAACUAAACUACUGAAAGAGCUACUUCCUGUGCUUGGCCCUCCUAUGUUGAACAUAAUAAAUGGCUCCCUAUCCACUGGAUGUGUACCAAACUCACUAAAAGUGGCAGUGAUAUAGCCUCUAUUGAAAAAUCCAAACCUUGACCCAGAAAAUGUAAAAAAACUAUCGACCUAUAUCGAAUCUCCCAUUCCUCUCAAAUCUUUUAGAAAAAGCUGUUGUGCAGCAACUCACUGCUUUCCUGAAGACAGAAAAUGUAUACGAAACAGUCAGGUUUUAGACCCCAUUGAGACCGCACUCGUGAAGGUGGUAAAUUACCUUUUAAUGGCGUCAGACCAAGGCUCUGCAUCUGUCCUCGUGCUCCUAGACCUUAGUGCUGCUUUUGACACCAUUGAUCACCACAUUCUUUUGGAGAGAUUGGAAACCUUAAUUGGUCUAUGAGGACAAGUUCUUGUCUGGUUUAGAUCUUAUCUGUCGGAAAGAUAUCAGUUCGUCUUUGUGGAUGGUUUGUCCAUUGUAAGUUUCGGUGUUCCUCAAGGUUCCGUUUUAGGACCACUAUUGUUUUCACUAUAUAUUUUACCUCUUGGUGAUGUCAUUCGGAAACACAAUGUUAACUUUCAUUGCUAUGCGGACGACACACAGCUGUACAUUUCGAUGAAACAUGGUGAAGCCCCAAAAUUGCCUACCCUGGAAGCCUGUGUUUCAGACAUAAGGAAGUGGAUGGCGGAAUUUUCUUUACUUUUAAACUCGGACAAAACAGAGAUGCUAGUUCUAGGUCCCAAGAAACAAAGAGAUCUUCUGUUGGAUCUGACAAUUAAUCUUAAUGGUUGUACAGUCGUCUAAAAAAAAACUGUGAAGGACCUCGGCGUUACUCUGGACCCUGAUCUCUCUUUUGACAAACAUAUCAAGAAUAUUUCAAGGACAGCUUUUUUCCAUCUUCGUAACAUUGCAAAAAUAAGAAACGUAUUGUCCAAAAAUUAUGCAGAAAAGCUAAUCCAUGCUUUUGUCACUCCUAGAUUAGACUACUGCAAUGCUCUACCCUCCGGCUACCCAGAUAUAGCACUAAAUAAACUUCAGUUAGUGCUAAACACGGCUGCUAGAAUCUUGACUAGAACCAAACAAUUUGAUCAUAUUACUCCAGUGCUAGCCUCUCUACACUGGCUUCCUGUUAAGGCUAGGGCUGAUUUCAAGGUUUUACUGCUAACCUACAAAGCAUUACAUGGGCUUGCUCCUACCUAUCUCUCCAAUUUGGUCCUGCCGUACAUACCUACACGUAUGCUACGGUCACAAGACGCAGGCCUCCAUAUUGUCCCUAGAAUUUCUAAGCAAACAGCUGGAGGCAGGGCUUUCACCUAUAGAGCUCAAUUUUUAUGGAAUGGUCUGCCUAUCCAUGUGAGAGACGCAGACUCGGUCUCGACCUUUAAGUCUUUACUGAAGACUCAUCUCUUCAGUAGGUCCUAUGAUUGAGUGUAGUCUGGCCCAGGGGUGCGAAGGUGAACGGAAAGGCACUGGAGCGACAAACCGCCCUUGCUGUCUCUGUCUGGCCGGUUCCUGUCUCUCCAUUGGGAUUCUCGGCCUCUGACCCUACUACGGGGCUGAGUCACUGGCUUACUGGUGCUUUCCAUGCCGUCCCUAGGAGGGGUGCAUCACUUGAGUGGGUUGAGUCACUGAUGUGAUCUUCCUGUCCGGUUUGUCGCCCCCUCGGGCUCAUGCAGUGGAGGAUCUUUGUGGGCUAUACUCAGCCUUGUUUCAGGGUAGUAGGUUGGUGGUCAGUUGAUAUCCCUCUGGUGGUGUGGGGGCUGUGCUUUGGCAAAGUGGGUGGGGUUAUAUCCUGCCUGGUUGGCCCUGUCCGGGGGUAUCGUCGGACAGGGCCACAGUGUCUCACCUCUCUAGGUUUCUUCCUAGGUUUCCGCCUUUCUAGGGAGUUUUUCUUAGCCACCAUGCUUCUACAUCUGCAUUGCUUGCUGUUUGGGGUUUUAGGCUGGGUUUCUGUAUAGCACUUUGUGACAUCUGCUGAUGUAAAAAGGGCUUUAUAAAUCAAAUUUGAUUGAUUUACUAAUCGCUGAAUCAAUGAGGUUCCAUUCGUUAGGACCCUGUUUUAUAUGUGUUCUACUGUACCCAUUAGUCCCUAGAAUUAGAAUUAAUGAAUUAGAAUGAGUCAUUAUUUCUGGCAUGGCCUUAAUAUCUGGAGGAAGAGAGAAAAAUAGAGGCAGAAAUUAUCCUUGUGGGCCUGAUUUUACUUCAAUAUAUAGUGUGACGAAUUUCCACUAUUGCAUAUUUCCUGUAGGUACUGUUUUGUUGAGUCUAACACAUUCUUUCUUUUUACAAUUUUCUCCUUUUCAUUUUUUCCCAUUGCUAUUUGAAGCUGACAUCGUACGGAGGGUUUUUGAACUACACUGUGGCCUAUGAUGUUUCAGUGGACAACGUGGACAAUUCUCUGCCGUCACAGUUCGAUUUGAUUAUUGAGGUAAGUUAAUAUUGUGCUAACUAGAUAGGUAUUCAACCUGGCUAUGAUAUUAGCAGUGGAAUGCAAGAUUGUAAACCUAGUUUACAGUAAAAGAAACCCCUAGCCCCUAGACCAAUAUAGAUUUGAUUACCAUUAUGGAAUCACCCGAAUGUAAAUCGAAAUGUGUUGCUAACUGCCUUGUCUGGAUGCGUCCCCAGGGGAACGGGAGGACCCUGCGCCAGACUCCCCCCAGGCAGCUCUUCCUGACGCCCCUGCGGGAGCAGCUUGUUUCCGUGGAGCUCCUACCGCAGGGCUUCGUAGACCUACACACAGGCCAGAGGGUUGACCGGGACGAGCUGAUGACCGUACUGGCCGACGUGGCCGGACUGAGGAUCAGAGGCCACCUCAAUGCCAGCGCAGAGGGGGCACUCAGGUUGAGCACCGUAUCUCUGGACAUGGCAGACAUCAGUGCUGCUAACCCAGUCCAGGCCCGGGAUGUGGAGCAGUGUGAGUGCCCCUGGGGCUACUUGGGCACAUCCUGUGAGGUAAACACCCAGGUCAUGUGACGGUGGCCAGGUUAAUACAGUUUACUACGGUAUGUGUCUAGUCUAAUUUGUUAAUGACUUGAGCUGUGUCAGCAUCCAUUGUAAAAGCAAAGCGCAUUAUGCAUUUCAGAUGGCUAAGGUAGUUCAAGUUAGAAGAGCAACGGUGUUGUGGCUUCGGUUCUCACAUAAUCCACAUAUUUUAAAUACGUGUUUACUAUAGAUCACUUCAGAUAAACACAACUUCUAAAUCGUGUCAUACACUGAGUGUACAAUACAUUAGGAACACCUUCCCAAUAUUGAGUUGCACUCCCUGCUUUUACCCUCAGAACAGUCACAAUUCGUCGGGGCAUGGACUUUACAAGGUGUCAAAAGCGUUCCACAGGGAUGCUGGCCCAUGUUGACUCCAGUGCUUCCCACAGUUGUGUCAAGUUGGCUAGUUGGCUGGAUGUCUUUUGGGUGGUGGACCAUUCUUGAUACACAAGGGAAACGGUUGCGCAUGAAAAACCCUGUAGCGUUGCAGUUCUUGACACAAAUCGGUGCAGCUUGGCACUACUACCAUACCCCUUUCAAGCACUAAAUCUUUGUCUGCCAUCACCCCUUGAAUGGCACACAUACAAUCAUUGUCUAAAUUACCUCAGGCUUCAAACAUUUUUACCUGUCUUCUCCCUCUCAUCUACACUGAUUGAAGUUGAUUUAACAAUUGACAUCAAUAAGGGAUCAUAGCUUUCACCUGGAUUCACCUGGUCAGUCUAUGUCAUGGAAAGUUGUUAAGGUUUUGUAUACUCAGUGUAUGUGCCACAUAGUCUAAAUACCUGUUGUUAUUGAAUGUGACUUUGGGUAAAAGUUACGGCUAAAUUAGGAUGUUAUUUGUCUCUUUGUGUUUAUAGUACUGUUCAUCUGGAUUCUAUCGCGUCGGCGGGAUCCUGUUCGGAGGCAACUGUCUCCAGUGUGAGUGUAACGAUCAUGCUACAGAAUGUGACAUCAACGGAGUCUGUCUGGUGAGUCUUUCCUAUCUGUCCCACGUCAUGUUUAGACAGCAGAGGGCCGGAGACGUAGGAAUAUGAAACAUAGAUAUACCAUACAUCUAUGGCUUGUUUGUGGGCUCUAAGCGUGAUCGUAUCUACUUCCACCACCAUCUGUGUAAAAUAAGGACAUGGUCACAUCCAACCGUUUAUCUGACCCUAACAUCUGCACUAGCUAACCUCUAAACUAGUCAGAGCUUCACUUCACAGUUGGAGGCUAAACCAAUGAACAAACCCUCAGUAUGAAGCUUCCUGGCUUGAGCUGUGUUUGUUGACAACCAUAUGAUGGUCACUCUUCUGGCUGCGUCUGAAAUGGCUUCUUUAUUUCCUAUACAGUGUACGACUUUUGGCUAGAGCCGACCAUCCUAUUCCCUAUAUAGUGCACUACUUUAUAGUGAAUAGCGUGCCAUUUUGAGCUCUGUUUCAAAUGAAUUCCUCCCUCUAUUGGAUGACAAGUUAAUCCUGAGUAAUGCUGUGUUAGGUGUUUAAAUGGCGUGUGGCAAAGCAAUGAUUAUCCAAUGGCUACUGCCAGGCAUUCAUUCUGUCAAUAUACAAUGUAAAUCAAAAGGCAUGCUAAAGCUAGUAGCUACUACAUUCAAUUGCAUUAGUGAAGAUUCUUCACUUUGAUUCGGUUAGGUUUAGCAGUUUGGUGCACUUAAAGGGAUAGUUCACUUUUUCAAAGUUUUAUCUUAUUUUCGAUUUACCUAGGGUGGUCAUCCAACAGUUUUUUAAACUUUGAUAUAAUCUAAAACUUUAAAAAGUGAACUAUCCCUUUAACAUGGCAGUGGAGGUUUUAUCCGAAGACAUUUUGGUUGCUAUGGAGUGUAUGGCAGUGUAAGGGCAUGUGUGUCAGAGUAGGAAGAAGUUUAAUCGGGACACUGUCGCCCUAAAUCAUUCCCCAGGACUGUACCCACAAUACCACUGGGCCCCACUGUAACCAAUGCCUUCCCGGUUACUAUGGCGACACUUCAGAGGGCACCCCGGAGGACUGCCAGAGAUGUGCCUGCCCGCUGAUAGUGGCGACGAACAAGUGAGUGACUGUGCCAAUGUGCCAUUCAUUCAGAUUCUAGAAACCCUCUCCAUGGUGAUAGAUAGGUCACAUAUGCGUGGGCGCUGGGUGGUGGAGAGUUUGGCCGUUACACACUGAGUGUACAAAACAUUAGGAACAGCUUCCUAAUAUUGAGUUGCACCCCCUUUUGCCCUCAGAACAGCCUCAAUUCGUCGGACUCUACAAGGUGUCGAAAGCGUUGCACAGGGAUGCUGGAUGUCCUUUGUGUGGUGGACCAUUCUUUAUACAAACUGUUGAGCAUGAAAACCCCAGCAGCGUUGCAGUUCUUGACAAAACUAGUGCACCUGGCACCUACUACCAUAUCUCGUUCAAAGGCACUUAAAUAUUUUGGCUUGCCCAUUCACCUUCUGAAUGGCACACAUACACAAUCCAUGUCUCAAUUGUCUCAAGGCUUAAAAAUCCUUCUUUAACCUGUCUCCUCCCCUUCAUCUACACUGAUUGAAGUGGAUUUAACAAGUGACAUCAAUAAGGGAUCAUAUCUUUCACCUGGAUUAACCUGGUCAGUCUAUGUCAAGGAAAGAGCAGGUGUUCUUAAUGUUUUGUGCACUCAGUGUAGGUUCUUAUGUCAACAACGAAAUGUUUCAACUGCCCCAGAUACUUUAUUUCUUUAUUUAAAAACAAUUAGCUCUUUUGUGAAUAGAUACCAAGCAUAAAUAUAGUGGUGGAACAAUUUUAGUGGUGGAACUAAGGGGAGAGUUCUGCCCCCAUACAAUAUGAAAUGCUUAAAGUUGAAGAAAAUACCUAUAUUAACACAAAUCAUAAUAAUAAAAUCUGUAGUUCUUAGUGAUACGUCAUGUAGACUCCCCCUAACACUCCUGUCUUUUCACACUGCUGGUCUCUUCUUCAGUUUCAGCCCCACCUGUGUCCUGGAGGGCCCUGGGCAGGUGACAUGUGACCAGUGCCAGCAGGGCUACACUGGGACUAAGUGUGAGAGGUAUGUAGACCAAAUGUUCUUAAACCUUUUCUUGUCUGUUUGACCUUCUCUUCACUUCUUAGACCUGUACUAUAUAAUCAGAUAUAUUUCACUUGUUGCUAAGUACAUAUUAGUAAUUACACUUAACAGUUUGCAUGGGGAAAUAUUUAUUAUAAGUUAAACUCAGUUACAGUAUACACCGAUACUAGUCUCAACCAUUUCAUUAAUCGUAUGAUUAAGGUAAUGUAUUAUGUGUUAAUCUUUUAACUUUGACUUCUCCAGGUGUGCUAAUGGUUACCAUGGUGACCCGACGGUGGCAGGCCAGGAGUGUGUGGUGUGUGAGUGUAAUGGUAACGUGGACUCCUGGGAGCCGGGCCACUGUGACACCAGCAGUGGUGUGUGUCUGAAGUGUCACAGCCACACCAGCGGAGACUACUGUGAGAGGUGCGAAGACGGCUACUACGGUGACGCCAUCACUGCCAAGAACUGCCUGGGUAAGAGAGCUGUGAUGAUAAUUAUGAUGAUGACAUUUGUUGUCCUUAUAGAGGAUUCUUCCACAGAUCCCCACACAGUUACACAUUUACUACAAGAAACACCCCUCACCUAGACUUGCAGUACAUCUAUAAUAUGUACCAAAUCAGGUCACAGAUUACACAGUGAGAAUAGACAGGAAAUAGACACUUUUGCUUGUUUCUGAGUAGCAGUUAGUCAGUCAGAGGAAUGCUGAGUGAAGGACAUGGCCAACCAACCAGAGAUUAAAUCUAAACUUUGACCUAGAUCUGCUUCGUCAUGUGUCAGACCUGUUCCUAACAAUAAGGUCUGUUAUGGGUCAGAGCCCGUAUAUAAGUGUCUCUGAAUAGAGGUGUGCUGAUCUGGGAUCAGGUCCUCCCUGACCAUGUAAUCUCAUUCGAUCUGAGUGGCGCAGUGGUCUAAGGCACUGCAUCGCAGUGCUAACUGUGCCACUAGAGAUCCUGGUUCGAAUCCAGGCUCUGUCGCAGCCGGCCGCGACCGGGAGACUCAUGGGUGGCGCACAAUUGGCCCAGGGUAGGGGAGGGAAUGGCCGGCAGGGAUGUAGCUCAGUUGAUAGAGAAUGGCGUUUGCAACGCCAGGGUUGUGGGUUUGAUUCUCACGGGGGGCCAGUAUAAAAAAUAAAUAAAUAUGUAUUCACUAACUGUAAGUCGCUCUGGAUAAGAGCGUCUACUAAAAUGCUAAACUGAUCCUAGAUCAGCACUCUGAUUCUGAGACGCUUCGUGAAUACAGACAUGUUACCUUAGGCACUGGGAGGCCAAAGUUCAAUCCUUGCCGGGAUACGAACAAUUAUGUAUAUAAACCCUGGAUUGCUGAUGCCGGGGUGGCAGGUAGCUUAGUGGUUAAGAGCGUUGUGCCAGUAAUCGAAAGGUCGCUGGUUCUAAUCCCCGAGCCGCCUAGGUGAAAAAUCUGUCGAUGUGCCCUUGAGCAAGGCACUUAACCCUAAUUGCUCCUGUAAGUCGCUCUGGAUAAGAGCGUCUGCUAAAUGACUAAAAUGUAUUUGCCAAUGAGAGGCUUUGAAGCCACCGGUCAGCCAGAAGGAGCAAUCCUCCAUAGGAAUGAAUGGAAUUCUACAGUAUUUCAAUUAAAUGGUUCAUGAACAAAAUGACAUGAAUUUUUUAUUGUAGUGGGAACAUUAGUACUUUCAAAAAAGUAUUAUUUAAGGAAAAUGUUUUUAUAUAUUUUUAAUAUUAAAAUGUUAAUGUUUAGCUCACAUAAUAUAGUUUAAAAGUAUGCAUUAAGGUGUCUGUAAUAGAAUACAUGUGUCAAAAACGAAUGUAGACAUUAAUAAAUGCAUUUCUAUAGCUUCCAAAAUAUUUGGUACUAUAUUUUUUAUGGAGAGCGCCAAGAUGGGGGCGUGGUGGCUUCAAAACAGCGCCCCCUGUCAGUCAUUUAGUGUAUACAUAAAUAAUUAGUUAAGAUAUGGUAUGGGACCUGGCCUCUCAAGUUAGUUUAUGAACAGUUUAUGAAGUCUUAUAAUAAUUAUCUGUAGCUUAAUAAUCCCCUUGGCAUUUGGGUAUGGUAAUACUGCAUCAUUCUCAAACCUGGUUUUGUGACAAUGUCUGCAUACCACAACAUUGAAAAUGCAUAUACAGUAUGUUAUGAGAAUAGGAAUUUUAUGUUCAUAAUGAGAUAAUAAUAAUAAUAAGCCAUUUAGCAGACGCUUUUAUCCAAAGCGACUUACAGUCAUGCGUGCAUACAUUUUUUUUGUGUAUGGGUGGUCCCGGGGAUCGAACCCACUACCUUGGCGUUACAAGCGCCGUGCUCUACCAGCUGAGCUACAGAGGAUAUGUGAAACUGGUAAUGGAUUCAGUCAUCACCUAGAGUGGAGUUCAUUUCACCAUCAAACAUGGUCAAAAAUAUUGUGAUGGAUGUGCAAUUUUACUUCAAGUGUGUGUAUUUCCUUUUCAUGAAAGACAACUGUAGAAGAGCUCUUUAUAAUGGAUAGGCUGACAUCUAGGGAAAAAUCGCAAUACUGCAAGUAUUGCGUAUCUUCUUAUUUUCACCUAUUCAGCCUCCUUGAACUAAACUUUCUGAAUUAUUUUCCAUGUCUGCAUAAUGUCUAUACUACAUGAAAAAAAAUAGUAUUUUAUAAUCAAAAUGGCACUUUGAGAAUUGUAUGAUUAUUUUAGGAUAUAUCUCUCCACUUACCGGUAUUCUUUUCAACAUAAAAUUGGCGCAUUAGUCCUGGUGUUAUAAACAUGUAUGUUAACGACUAUGUUUUACUCCUAUUUCUCCACUAUGUGUAGCUUGCGGUUGCCAUGGAAACGGGUCGUACUCGGCCAUGUGUGACCUGUUCACUGGACAGUGUACCUGCAAACCCAAUGUGGUGGGAGAUAAGUGUGACCAGUGUCAGGUAUGUAGCCUGUAUAUCAUUCUCUGUGCUCGGUUUCAUAUUAUUUUCACAACUUCAAAAACUCACAUACCAUAGGGCCAAGAGUUUUUCUUACCAGAAAAAAACAAUUGGCCCUAGUUAUGGUCUAUGGUCACGCCAAGAAAAACUCCAGGCCCUUCCUUCCACCCUCCUAGUCCAUUUUCUGUGUAAUUCCACCCUCCUCGCACACCUCUCUUUGGAAUUAGUAUUUGGAAUUUGGAAAGGGAUGCUAAGUUUCCAGCCCAGUCCAUUGGAACGCUUAGUUCUCAGAGGGUGUCCAAGGUCUCCCGCUUCUUUCCUCCCUGCGUCCCGCUUUCCCACACUCGCCUUCCAAUAGAGCCCAGCUGGUCGAAAUGCAGUCCAAUGUUUUGGAUAUAUUCAUUAGCACGAUCAGAUAAUCUGUCUGCUCACACCCUGGCAAAGAGCGAGAGGGAAGACAGAGGGAGCAAGGGAAGAUGGGAAGGAGGGAGAGAGAGAGGAGAGAGAGAGAGAGAGAGAGAGAGAGAGAGAGAGAGAGAGAGAGAGAGAGAGAGAGAGAGAGAGAGAGUGAUAUUAUUUUGUUGCUUAUUUAGAGCAGAGUUGGUUUCUUUGGUUGGGGGAGGGGUCUUUGGCUGGGCAAGGACUGUUAAAAUGUAAGCAAAAGCUCAUGAAUUUAGAACAUAUUUAUCUAGGGAGAACAGCAAGCAGUCUUGGGCUUCUCUCUCUUUCGAUAUGUUUGAUUAAUGUCUCUUGGCAUCUAGUGUCUCUUGGCAUCCUGCUACAUGCUCUCUAUCAAGGAUACAGACAGAGUAAUAAGCAUAUUUUACAGAUGUAGGAUCUUCAUUUGAGCCAGUUUGCUACAGCAGGAAAAUUAUCCUGCAGCAAAUGGAAAUGUGAAUUAUUAUGUGGAUUAUAAAUCAUGGACAUUUUUGUAGGGGUUGCUACAUUUUUUUGUAAGGGAAAAUCAAGUCUGAAAUUUCAAAGUGGAAAUUACAAACUUCAGAAGCCUUUUUAAACUUCAAAUACACUAGAAAUUUAACAUUUCCUGCAGCAGGGUGAUCCGAUUAAGAUCCUACAUCUGUAUGUCUGGAUAUAUUUGAGGGAAAAUCAAGAAGACUUUCAUAAUUCCCACGGGGGGCCAGUAAAAAAAAAAAAAAAAAAAAAAAAAAAAAUUUAAAAUAUGUAUUCACUAACUGUAAGUCGCUCUGGAUAAGAGCGUCUGCUAAAUGACUAAAAUGUAAAUGUAAAUGUAAUAAUUAUGGAGUCAGGUGGUUAGCUGAUGGAAGUUAGUAAAAAUUGGUAUUUUCUUCGGUGUGUUUUCCAGGUGGGCUUCCACAGUCUUCUCAGUGGACAGGGGUGCAGAGACUGCAACUGUAGCCAAUCAGGAUCUGUGUCCACAGCAUGUGAGGAGGAGGGGUUGUGCCAAUGCAUCCCAGGGGUGGCCGGGGACAAAUGUGACCGCUGUUACCAUGGUUACUUCAACUACCAGGACAGCGGGUGUACACGUAAGGUCACAAACUUUAACAGACAUAUUCAUUUGAGUUUCACUCUGAUCUGAUCUUAAUUCUCUCUACACACCCCCCCUGCCCUCUCUCUAUCUUUCUCUCUCUAUUUCUGUUAUUUUUCUCUCCUCUCCUCCAUCAGAGUGUGAGUGUGCCCACACCCACGGAAACUGUAACGCAACGACAGGCGAGUGUAUCUGCCCUCCCCACACCAUAGGAGAGAAGUGUGAGCUGUGUGAGGAACGUCACUGGGGUCACGACACUGUAGCAGGCUGUAAGGUAAAACACACCUCUAUAAACAUUAAGGCUUUAUAAGCCUUUAUAAGGCCUACGUAUGGUAUUUUAAGGCCUACAUAGAUGCUUCAUAAGUUAUUAAUAAGCACAUUCCUAUCAUAAUAAGUGUUCAUAAAAGCUCAUCUUUGCCCCUCUGUCCUUAGUCAUGUGAGUGCAGUGAGGCCGGCAGUUCUGCCACCCAGUGUGACCUCACCAAUGGGCAGUGCCUGUGCCGCCCGGAGUUCGCUGGGCAGAAGUGUGACCGCUGCACCAUGGGCUACAGGGGCUACCCAGAAUGCACGGCGUGCAACUGCAACAUCAACGGCACCAGAGAGGAGUUAUGUGAUGAGGAACUGGGCCUGUGCAGCUGUGAGGCCCCAGGGAACUGUGUGUGCAAGGUACUACAACCGCUGUGAAAACUGGUUGAACAAACAAGCAGUAAACCCUUAUGGCCUAUGAUAGUGUUGUCUUUUAUUGUGUCCGUUCGAAGUAUGUUGUCUGUUUUAAUUUAUUGGUCUGUGGUUGCCAGGACAAUGUGGGCGGAGGAGGCUGUGAUGAGUGUAAGAAGGGAACCUUCGGCCUAUCUGGUCCUAACCCGGCCGGCUGCAGCCCCUGUUUCUGUUUCGGGGUCUCCUCAGACUGCGAGGAGCUCAGUGGGAUGGUCCGUGUACCGGUGAGUAAAGUCUAUCAAAACUCAACUUGGGGUCUGUUCAGUGAGGUAAACGUUACAGAAGGUUCAGAUAGAAAUGCAUCAUGUAGAACAUAUAUUACUUAUCUGUCGGAUAGAAUAGUGAAUCGUGUCUGCUCUAUUCAUUCUAUCUCUAUAUGCAACGUUCUGAACAGGAUUCCUGUUUUAGUCCCGCCCAUCUGCUUCCUCUACAGAUGGGUGGCUAUGCUAACAGGAUAGAGAAACUGUCCGUCACUGUCUGAAGGGGUUGAGCAGCCUUCACUCCUCCACCUCUGUAUGAAAUGACGGCACAUUUUUCAAACAAAAUACUUUUUCUUUAUUUUCUCCGUUUGGGAUGGUAAUACCUUUGUUUGGUAAUGCUCUUAUAUUCUUCAAAUAACAAGCAUUAGUAUAACACCUUGGCUUCUAUUUGGCUGGGUUAUGUCAAAAUCGUCUUCUCUGGCUCGUUUAUAACCUUGUAGCCAAGUAACAAACGGUAACAAAAGUCAAAUCUAAAGAUUCAUGCUUGGAGCCUGGCGUUUUUCCUGAUAAUGUGUCAUGGCCAGGAAGUUAUCAUCUACAAGUUAUUUGGAAGUUGUAAGCUAUUUGGUCAGGUCAUGUAGAUCCAGAGUAACUAUUAGUAGUAUAGUAACUAUUCAGCUGUAUACUAUUUCUACUCUCCUCAUCUGUGUCUGGAUGAAGAAAAGUAUCUGUAUCCUCAUUAUUCUUGAGUGAACUGAAUCCUCCUAAUUAACUUCAUUUUAAUUGGGCACAAUAGAGAGGAAAUGAAAUGCCCAGACAGAUGCCUAAACAGGAUGCCCAUCUGUUGUGGGCCAGCCGCUUAGUGAUGCCACGUACGGUGCCUGCUGCUCGCAGCCUGGUGUGCCCGCUGGGUGUCCGGCUCAAGGACGCACGUGCCCUGUGUAGCAUUUAGCGUGGGCACACGGAGGGAGCACCCCCCCCCCGACCCCCCAGGCAGAGGAAUCUGAAAGGACCCCAGAUGUAGCUAGCCAGGGCUAUUUAUUUCCUGGUCCUAAUUAGUGAAAAGAGAUGGCACAGCUGAGCUGGCGGUAGACCUACUUGUGAUGGUGUGAGGAGAAAGUGUGGUACUUAAUUGAUUGGGAAAAGCUUACAAUAAACUGAAUGACACGAUAAUGAGAUCUCUUGAUAUGAAGCAAAUAUGUGUGUCUGCAUCUGCGUCUUUGUGUGUGUGUGCGCGGGCACGUCUAUGCACAUGCUCAUGCAUUGGUGUAUAUUUACCGGUCCAUACAGAUCACACUGGGGUCUGAACCAGAGCUGCUGCGUGUGGUCAGUCAGAGUGACCUCCAGGGCAGUGUGGAAGGGGUCUACUACCAGACCCCAGACAUGCUGCUGGACACCAGGGAGAUAGAGAGCCCCACCCUGGCUGGACCCUACUACUGGAGGCUUCCCAAACACUACCAGGGAAAUAAGGUGUGUAUCUCAGACCUCUGUUACUUGUGUGUCUGUUAGAGAGCGAUGCAAAAUUAUAAACAUACAAAUACUAACAAAUCCUCUUCCAUAUUCUCUGAUUAGUUGUUGUCGUAUGGAGGGAAGCUGUCCUACAUGGUGGCGUUCUAUGCUCUGGAUGGGGCCGGCCUGGCCAACUACGAGCCUCAGGUCCUGAUGAGGGGGGGUCAUCUGGGAAAGAAGGUUAUCUACAUAGAUAUGCCCGCCCCUGACAACAGGGUCAAAACCCGCCAGGACGUCCCACUGACUGAGGUAAGGAGGAGACUAGAAACAAUACCUAAAGCUGGACUAGUUUGACUACCAAGGGUUCGAACCCAUAUGUCCUGCAUGCUACAAGACUGUGUUAUCCGACUGAGCUAAAGCCUACAAAUCCUACUAAUAAAUGAAUAUAAUUCAAUCUGCUUUGAUUUCUCUUGAUCAGCACAAGUGGAAGUAUUUCAACUCUGUGUCGGAGAAAGCUGUGAGUCAUUCUGACUUCAUGGCGGUCCUGAGCAACAUCGAGUACAUCACCAUCAAGGCCUCGUAUGGUACAGGACUGCAGCAGAGCAGGUUAGCACACACACACAAACAAAACGAGUUUUGUGUCAACACUAGAAAGUGACUAUGAUAUCAAUAUUGUAUUUGUCUUUCACUAGAAUCUCCAAUAUCACCAUGGAUACGGCCCUAGAGGCGGAGGAGGGGUUGGAGGUUAUGGAGGUGGCAUGUCUGAUAGAGACCUGUGAGUGUCCAGCUGGCUACGCUGGACUGUCCUGCCAGGUCAGACAGAUUUCCACCCCAAAAACAACACGAUUGACUAUUUACUACUUCUUACUACUGUGUUUUAGUCUAUUAUUUAAUUUCCUCUCUGUCAUCGGUGUGUGUUUGUGGUGUGUGUAGGAGUGUGCUCCCGGCUACUACCGCCAACCAGUGACUGAUCUGAACCUGCGGGGGAAGAGACCCCUGAUCCAGCCCUGUGUGCCCUGCCAGUGUAACAACCACAGCCAGGCCUGUGACCUGGACACAGGAGAAUGCCUGGGCUGCCAGCACAACACAGCAGGCGAGCACUGUAACAUGUGUGGCUCAGGGUACUAUGGGAACGUGAAAGGCUCCAUCAGUGACUGCUCUCUAUGUGCCUGCCCCCUCAAAGAGAACAGGUACAUCUCUCACUCUCCUCCUGUCAGUCACGCAUUCUGAUAAGUGACUUGUUGAAUUUUGAGUUGAAAUGCUAAUUUCUCAUUCCACACAUAGUGUGUCUUUUGAAGAGAUAGUCCAAGUAUUGAUUUCACACUAGCACAUAUUCAGUCUCAUAAGAAAUUGGUUUUCCUUAGAAUGAUGAAGCUGUUUGGCUAUAGUCUAGUUCAAGGGGAUUUAUGAAUGGGUUUUGGUAAUACCAGGCCUAGCAUGGGCUGAAGGAUAGUUGGUAUAGCACUGUCUGAAGUGUGUGUGUGUGUUGUGUUGUGGUUAGCUUCAGUCCUCUGUGCUCUGAGAUGGUGGGAGACUCCGUGUAACCCGCAAGGGGUUACGAGGGACGAUACUGUGAAGUGAGAGAGUAUACACAGUACUGUCUCCGAGUGGCGCAGUGGUUAAGCACGCUUCGCAGUGUAGCUGUGCCCUAGAUAUUGGUUCGAUCAGCUCGUCGUAGCGCCGCGACCGGGAACCAUGGGCGGCGCGCACAAUUGGCCAGGGCCAGGUAGGGGAGGAUUGCCGGGAUGUCUCAGUUGUAAGCAGCGUCUGCAACGCCUGGGGUUCGAUAUAUGGCCUAAUGUACGCUACUGUUGAGAGGUAAGAGGUAGUAGAACUACACAGCUACUGUGGAGGUAAGAGAGAGUACUACACAGCUACUGUGGAGGUAAUAGAGAGUACUACACAGCUACUGUGGAGGUAAGAGAGAGUACUACACAGCUACUGUGGAGGUAAGAGAGAGUACUACACAGCUACUGUGGAGGUAAGAGAGUACUAUACAACCACUGUGGAGGUAAGAGAGAGUACUAUUCAGCUACAUUGUCACCUGUUGGAUCUCAGCAAGUGUCUCUGUCACUAGAAGACAUCGAUACACCUCAGAUGGAGACGUUUUAUUCUCUCUGUUUCUCUCUCUCCCUCUCUUCCUCUAUCUCUCUAUUACAUGAUUUCUCCCUCUCACUGUUUCUUUGCCCUCCCCCCGCCUCUCUCUCCCUUUCUCUCAGGUGUUCAGUGGGUUACUAUGGGAACCCAUCUGCUCCAGGAGAGAAGUGUGAGGCGUGUCAGUGUAGUACUGCAGGUUCUCUCCAUCUAGUGUGUGACUCUCUGAAGGGCCAGUGUGAAUGUAAGGCCGGGGUUAGGGGACACCUGUGUGACCAGUGUGAGGCGAGACACGUCCUGGACGGGGACCAGUGUGUCUGUGAGUACCAACCAACCCACACACACAAACAUUUUAAAUACUUUAUUUGAAUACACCAAUCAAAUUUACAAAAAAAGAAUCCAAACAUUUCAAAGGUCCCUGUAUGCAUGGCACUCAAGGGUACAGAAAGCACCUCCUUCUCCAAACAGCUAGGCUGCCCACGAAAGCUGAAACAGAGCAGUACCUAGCCAAUUGCUUUGCCCUAGUUUUUGUCAGGCCCGCAAUCUGGAGGCCACGCACUGCAAGCCUGUGUACGUGGCCGAGACUGCCGAAUAUCAGCGCUACCAGCUUUCACCUCCACCCGAGGCAGUCCAAGCGUGCCACGAGGGGCUGGUACAUAAGCAGCUUCUCGGCAAAGGCCUGCUCCACGUAGCCGUCAAAUGAGCAGCCCACUUCCAAAAUGAGCACCUCCCUCUGGCCUCCCCCACAACAACAAUAUCUGGUGUAUUUGGCACACAGGAAAACACAUCAUCAUCAACAUCAAACCAGUGUAAAUCCACUCAAUAUUUGGGACAUCUAAACACCCCCCUCUUUGGCUCAGGAAGACAACGUCAUGUGUGGUGUGUGUGUUUAAGCAUAGCCACUUUCUCACCACUUGAACAGUUUUGUUAUUAAUUUCCCUCAGAACCUUCUCUGGGAUAUGACAUUUGCAAUCAGAUAUUGAAUCUUUGCAAGGGCCACCUGUCUCACAGCUUCUAGCUUCAUUACCACAGGCAGAGUUGAAAUGUCAAUCAGAUCAAGCCUGGUUGAAUACUCAUGGACGAGCUCCUCAACUUGUUCCCCCCACUCGCCAGCAACAUUAAACAUAUGUCCAAGAUAACUAUAUGUUUCGUGACGAGAGUACAUUAGUGUAAAUGUUGGGGGCUUAUCAGUUUUAGACUUGUACUAGUGGUUACCUCUGCUGCAUCUUUCAUAGAAUACACACACACACUGCAAUAACGUCCGAAUUGAAAUCUGAUAUCCUAAACUCCUUCCUCUCCCUCCCUCCCUCCCUACUCCCUCUCCCCUCAGCGUGUGAUGAUAAGUGUACGGGGGACCUCCUGGAUGACCUGGAUGCAGUAGAGCGCUCCUUCCUGUCUGUCAACCUGACCGGGGUCAUCCUGUCCCCCUACAACACACUGGUCAGCCUGGAGAACGACACACGAGAGGUCAAGGUAAAAGAGGGGUCAUAUUAUACCUCUCUGUCUAGGAGGUCAUGAACUCAGCUGUUUAAUCCCCUGUGUUAAAUUCAGAAGUACUCAGGACACAUUCAAUGAGAGAAAGACUGUUGUAACACACUUGUCCUAAUUUCUCUCCUAGAAUCUGAUGUCUUGGGAGAGGAGCCCAGCAUAUCACCUGAAUAGGGCGGAGGAGGACUUGACAAAUCUCACCCAGGACAUAGACGGACUGCUACGGAAGGCUACAGGGCUGUCUGCUGAUGGAGAGGAAGUGGCCCAGUCCACAGAGAACAGCGUUACCCAGGGGGCCGAGCUUCUGGAGUACAUCACCACCAUUCACACUGCCAUACAAGGUUCAGCAAAUAGCAACAGCGCAACAUCCAUUGCUAUGUUUUCCUAUUCCAUUUUAGGUUUACAUAGGAAAUGUGUAACUUCAAAGUAUGCCCAUUUAGUGUACGAUUUUCUGUUUUGUGAUAUUGAACAAUAUUUGUGAUAUCUCCUGGUUGAGUAAAAGUGAAACGUUUUUGUUCAUAAGACAAACGGUUAACAUCUAAGCCCCUCCCUCUCUGUGAUUGGCUCAGUCCUGGCGGAGGAGGCUGGCCGUCUGAACAGGACAGAGAACGUGGAGAAGGACGAGGCUAACAGCACACGGCUACGAGAGCAGAUAGCGGCCAUAUUGGAAACCAUCAGAGCAGUCAACCUAUCUCUGGCCAACGCCAGCGUCUCUACAGAACUCAGGUCAGUUAGCCAUAUAAGGUGCUGAUUUAAUGUAGGCUACCCUUCCUGGAUUCAAUCCCAUACAAUAACCAGCUAUCUGCACACAGAAAUCAACUGUCAAUACUUAACUAGAAAAUCUCUAUAUAAUCUCUCUGGAUGUUUACGCUGUAAUGUUAGUAAUACUGUUUCUAGUCAUGCUGGGGUGAUUGAGUAUAGGCAUACUGUGUAACACUGUUAUGAGCUGUAAUGGUGUUUAGUAAAGCUGUAUUAAAGUAUAGUUACAACACUAUAGUACAUUAAUGUGUAUUCCUAAAGUGACUAACCCUGCUGUGGUUACCCCUGUACCACAGUGCUACUGAGGCUCUCCUCCAGAGGGUGCUGAAGGACAUCCAGGAGCCCCAGGGGGCGAUAGAGUCCCAGACCCUCAACAUCUCUACCACCCUGACUGAACACCACCAACAGCUAGAGGAUGCCCAUGCCCUACUGAUGACUGCCAGGGAGAAGAACAACCACACACACACCCUGCUGGGGAGCAUCAACACCAACCUGCCAGAGUACCAGGUCAGUACACUUACUAUACUCACUGUACUCAGUACUCACAUUUACUAUACUCACUGUAUUUUUUUUACAUUUACAUUUUUAGUCAUUUAGCAGACGCUCUUAUCCAGAGCGAGUUACAGUUAGUGAAUACAUAUAUUUUUAUACUGGCCCCCCGUGGGAAUCGAACCCACAACCCUGGCGUUGCAAACGCCAUGCUCUAUCAACUGAGCUACAUCCCUGCCGGCCAUUCCCUCCCCUACCCUGGACGACGCUGGGCCAAUUGUGCGCCGCCCAUGAGUCUCCCGGUCGCGGCCGGCUGCGACAGAGCCUGGAUUCGAACCAGGAUCUCUAGUGGCACAGUUAGCACUGCGAUGUAGUGCCUUAGACCACUGCGCCACUCAGACCACUGCGCCACUCAGGACUUACUAUACUCACUGUACUCAGUACUCACCCUUACUAUACUCACUGUACUCAGUACUCACAUUUACUAUACUCACUGUACUCAGUACUCACUUAAUAUACUCACUGUACUCAGUACUCACUUACUAUACUCACUGUACUCAGUACUCACACUUACUAUACUCACUGUACUCAGUACUCAUGCUUUCUAUACUCACUGUACUCAGUACUCACACUUACUAUACUCACUGUACUCAGUACUCACUUACUAUACUCACUGUACUCAGUACUCACGCUUACUAUACUCAUUGUACUCAGUACUCACACUUACUAUACUCACUGUACUCAGUACACACGUACUAUACUCACUGUACUCAGUACUCACGCUUACUAUACUCACUGUACUCAGUACUCACACUUACUAUACUCACUGUACUCAAUACUCACACUUACUAUACUCACUAUACUCAAGUACAUUAAUGUGAUAUAAAUGACAUGUAGUCAAGUUUGCCAUUAUUGUUGGUCUGUGCCAUAUCAGGUCACUUUUAUUAAAAUGUACAAUGUUGUCAAAUGUAGGUUGUGAAGUUAUUUGAUUUGGACUUUUGGUCAUCUUCAAACAUUUUAACUGUAGAGGGUCUAUACAUUUUUCCAGUAGAAGUAUUUAGACUGUGUUGUCUCUGUGUGUGUAGGGUCUGAAGCAGAAUGUGAGCCGGCUGAACCAGACAGCAGAAACCCAACUGGAGGAGACUCAGGACAUCCUGGCUGAUGCUGUCAAUCUAGCAGAGGAAAUGGGCAACAUCACCUCUGUAAGUCAUACCAUAACACCAUAUUACCACCAUAUCCAUGUCAAAUACAUGGGAUAUACUGUACAACUGCAAUAAAGUAGCAUCCCCCUAUUUUGUUUAUUUGUUGAUUUAAUCUUUAUUUAAACAGGAAGUCACUUAACCCUCCCGUUGUCCUAGGGUCAAAAUGACCCGCCACUGUGUUGAACCAACUUUAUUUAAUUUUUAUAUUUUGGGGAUCAUUUGUGAGAAGGAGGCAGUGAGACUUUAAAGAAAGUAUCACUGCCUCCUUCUCACAAAUGAUCCAAAAAAUAUAAAAAUUAAAUAAAGUUGGUUCAACACAGUGGCGGGUCAUUUUGACCCUAGGACAACGGGAGGGUUAAGAUUAAAAAGACUGUAUUGCUAGUAGAGCCUGAGUCUGUUUGAACUGGUGGUGUGUGUGACCUGUACAGCAGCUGGAGGGGGCCAAGGACCAGCUGGAGCAGUGGAACCCCAUGUUGAGGAAGCAUGUGGACGCUCUGGUGAUGGAGCUGAGGAAGAAAGAUGCUCUGGAGCUCGUCUACAAGGCUGAGGACCACGCCCGGGAACUCAGCAAGAAGGCCCAGGGUCUGCAGAGGUGUGUGUGUGUGUGCCGCCAGUCAGGCGAGUGUGUGUGUGAACUUCUACAUAUGUAUCUUUGUCUAUGUAUUUCAAAAUGUCUCGUCAUCACAAACAUUAGGCCAUAGAAAUAGGACUAAAUAGAUAUAAUAGCGAUUAAGUCCAUACACAUCAGCCUAACCUCUUCUUCCUGUAUGUAGCUCUCUAGUGGAGGUGAUGAAUGCCACUCUGAACGCCACCAGUGCAGUGCAUGGUAACUCUAACAUCAGAGCUAACGUCCAGCCUGCAGAGGAGAUGGCUAACUUAGCCAACCUGACCGCUACUAUGGCCCUCAAUAUGGUGAGUCAACACUCAUUUAGUGUACAUUCACUAUUAAUAUCAGACCAUAUAAUAACUAGACUGGUCCCAGAUCUGUUUGUGCUGUCUUGCCCCUAUGGACAUUUAAUGCAAACGCCAUAGGAUUUGGCAAGACAGCACAAAACAGAUCUGGGACCAGGCUAUAGAAUAACCACUACUACAUUGGAUAUGAAGUGUGUUGUGGGUCAGAAACCUGCUAGCUAUAGGAGUAAAUAACUGUGUGUGUUGACUGUAGACUGUCCAGCCAGAGGAGUCUCUAACUGAUCUUGGAUCUGAGGCUGUGCAGCGUAGUGAGAAUGUUCUGGCUGAGAGUCUGGCCCUGAGAAACAGCACUGAGGGUGAGUUGGAGCGCACACACACACACACACACACACACACACACACACACAAGAUGCCUUAUGGUAGUAAAUGUUAUAUGUGUGUCCUCCCUAGGUCUCCUGGCUAACAUCAGUGACGUGACCGAUAGAAUGGCCUUGCUGAAAGAGAAACUCUGUAACACCAGCCGUCUGAUCCCAGAGCAAGGGGCCCUGCUUCACAGCCUUCCCAACGGUGAGUGGCACUGCAACCUGCUGCCCUGUCAACUCAACUGUUCUUUUAUGUAUCCUUUCUGCUUUAACAUACUGUAGACAAAAGUCAUAUAUUUAACACUUGAUCACGAACUCGGAGGCACACUAGACAGUGGGGAAACAGUUUGUGUGACAUUGCCUGUGCUGCCCCUAGUAGGCACCAGUGAGCAGGUGCUGGAAGCCAAGGAGCAGGCUGCCUUGGCCAACGCUUCCCUACAGAGGGCGCUGGAGCGCCUGGAGGAGCUCCAGGUCAGACUGGAGGAGUCCAGCACGGCUGUGGCCCAGGCCAAAACCAGCAUCUCCAACACCAACCAGCUGGUCUCCGACUCACACUCCACUGGUGAGACUAACACAUCCUUCAGACGUCCGACUAUGGUUCUAGCUAGAUUAUAGCCAGCGACUUUGUAAUGGAAGCGUUUUUCACCCUCGCUUCCAUCCUUUCCACAUUAAACUACACCACAUUUGAAGAAAAGUAGUGCCCCAAAUACCUGUCUAAUGCUAGUAAAAUGUUAUUAUCAUGUUAUCAUGUCAUGUCACUUUAGAGGCUAAUUUCUAGAGAUGAGUAAGAUGCCAUAAGCAUCACUAACCUGUCCUAUCUGUUGUCCCUCUCAGCUAGUACAGCUGAGUCUAAGCUGAAGGAGGCAGAGAGUCGUACAGAGAGGCUGUAUGACCGUCUCAAACCCCUCAAGACCCUGGGGGAGAACCUGAGCAGAAAUCUGUCUGAGAUCAGAGAGAUGAUCAACCAGGCCCGCAAACAAGCUGCCUCGGUUAGUCACUGCUACACACACACACACACACACACACACACACACACACACACACACACACACUGUACAUGGGCAUACAUCCUCUGCUCUCCAUUGUAAUACUGUUUAUGUCCUCCUCUCUCCUGUAUAGAUCAAGGUGGCAGUGCUGGCAGACAAAAACUGUGUGAGGGCCUACAAGCCUGAGGUGUCCUCCAGUAACUUCAACACUCUUACCAUGACCGUCAAGACCAGCGAGCCUGACAACCUGCUCUUCUAUAUGGGCAGCAGCUCCAGCGUAAGUCACACAUUGACACGUACUGAAUAUCCUAUGAAAUACCUAAUCAUGAUUACCCAUAAGUCAGUUUUAAACUAAAGUCUACUGUAUAUAAUCUACAUUCAACCAGAUAGUUAUAAAUAAACCAUCUAUAAACUACCCUUCAUAAACCUUGUAUAAUGUCAAUGUAAAGUGUUACCAGUAUAAGCAUAUCUCUAUCUGACAUGUGUAAAGUAAAUGUAUAAUUUUACGCUGUAUAUCAGGUGGACUUCAUGGCGGUGGAGAUGCAGCAUGGCAAGGUGGCGUUCCUGUGGGAUGCGGGUUCAGGCCACGCCAAGCUGGAGUACCCCGAUGUCAAGAUCAACAACAACAAGUGGCACCGCAUCAAUGCCACGCGCUUUGGGAAGCACGGCACACUGUCAGUCCACCAGCUGGAGUCAGACCCCUUGCCCGCGGUGAAGACCACCUCACCAGGCUCCGCUACGAUCCUGGAAGUCAACAAGUCCACCCUGAUAUUCGUUGGUGGCCUGGGAGGCCAGAUCAAGGUACAGUAUUAAGAUCUGGCUGGGUAUUUUUCACUCAGCAAUGGUUCUAGUCAGCAAUUUGGGUCGGUGAGAACUUGAACUCAUUUAAUUCAAGUUGAGUCAACAUCUUUCAUUAUGUUUUCUCCACUAAUAAAACUGUGUUAUAAAAAUAGAUUACACAGGACAAAAUAAUUUAGAUCAUCUAAAACAAUUGAUUCAAUCUCUUUUGUGUCUACAGUCCUCUGUGGUGAAGAUGAGCCAGUUUAAGGGCUGUAUGGGGGAGGCGUCGCUCAACGAGAAGAACAUCGGGCUGUGGAACUACGCUGAGAGGGAGGGCCAGUGUCGCGGCUGCUUCAUGAGUCCGCAGACAGAGGAGACGUCCUUCCACUUUGAUGGAAGUGGCUAUUCAGUGGUAGAGAAACCCCUCCGCUCCACCUCCACCUCAAUCGUCAUGCUGUUCAAGAGCCUUUCCCCCAACGGCCUGCUGCUCUACCUGGCCUCCAACGGCACGGUACGGCCCCUACUGGCCCACACACACACUACAACCACACUGAACAGUCUGUAUUUGUAGCCUAGUUAGCACAUAGUGGUCAGCUAUUAUCCUCUGAUGUAACCAAAUUCUCCUAUGGGGACAAUAAAGAUUGAUUGAUAGAUUGAUGUGUUUAUUUGUCAUUACAGAGGGACUUCCUGUCCAUUGAGCUGGUGGAGGGCCAAGUGCGUCUGACCUUUGAACUGGGCUCCGGCCCUCUGACCCUCACCUCCAACAAAGCCUACAACACCGGCAGCUGGUACAAGAUCACCCUGCAGAGAAACAAACGCAAAGGUGGGUCAAAGGUCAUAGGCUCAUAGUUAUAGGGUAGAGUUGACAACUAAACAUUUUUGGGGCCACAUAUUUUUUCUUCCAAUUUCUCCCUGGCACUAUUGAAACACUAUUCAUACCCCUACUGUCUUGUAGUUAACCUGGUAUAAUGCCUAUGACAUGUAAAGUAUUGUAUCUCUCCCAUCCUCCUAGUUUAUAUGGCGGUGAUGGCGGCAGACAACUCAUCAGAGAAAGAGAUCAUGGAGGCGGAGUCUCCUGGGACCGCAUCCGACCUCAACCGCUCCGACCUGGACCCAAUCUACAUCGGGGGACUGCCCAUGUCUCGCCCUAUCAGGUACUGGAACUACUUUGGUGCAUACUUCACCUACCUGCAAGAUAUUCCUAGUUGAUAUGCAUUUGUAUUGCUGUCAUUAAUAUGUUUUUGGUGUAGCUCCUUAGCCUACUGCAUUAUGUAAAUAUUGAGCUUAGUGUGUGAAUUGGUGUUUGUGUAUUUUUUCAUUUUUCUACAUAAAGUAAAAUAAGGUAAAUUGUGAAUUGAAUUAUUUUUGCAGGAGACAAGUAGUAGCACGGUCCUAUGUGGGCUGCAUCAAAAACAUGGAGAUUGCCCGUUCCAACUUUGACCUGCUUCGAGACUCCUAUGGUGUCAAGAAAGGCUGUGUGUUAGAGGUAAGAAAGGCUGUGUGUUAGAGGUAAGAAAGGCUGUGUGUCAGAGGUAAGAAAGGCUGUGUGUCAGAGGUAAGAAAGGCUGUGUGUUAGAGGUAAGAAAGGCUGUGUGUCAGAGGUAAGAAAGGCUGUGUGUCAGAGGUAAGAAAGGCUGUGUGUCAGAGGUAAGAAAGGCUGUGUGUCAGAGGUAAGAAAGGCUGUGUGUUAGAGGUAAGAAAGGCUGUGUGUCAGAGGUAAGAAAGGCUGUGUGUUAGAGGUAAGAAAGGCUGUGUGUCAGAGGUAAGAAAGGCUGUGUGUCAGAGGUAAGAAAGGCUGUGUGUUAGAGGUAAGAAAGGCUGUGUGUCAGAGGUAAGAAAGGCUGUGUGUUAGGUAGACUCAGCCAUAUUGGGAAGAGUGAAUAGUGACAGUCUUGGUAUUUUAAUUUUGCUGUAAAAGAGGAAGAUGCCCAGCAGUACAUGAUGAUGUCAUAUUGUUGAGUCAACUUACACUGAAUGCAAAAAUACUUUCCAUAUUCCCUAUGAGUAACUUGUGCGUGUGUGUGUGUGUGUUCCAGCCUAUCCGCAGUGUGUCUGUACUGAAAGAGGGCUAUGUGGAGCUGCCGGCUGUGUCUCUUGACCCCCAGGGGGAGCUGUUGGCCUCCUUCUCUACCCGCAACGACACUGGCAUCAUCCUGGCAGGCUUCAGCAAGGCAGGCACCCGCAAAAGCAGACAGGCUCGCCAGGUAAGGCCACAGACAUACUGUGAUAAAAAAUAAAUAAUAAUAGCAGAGUCUAAAUAUAUAACAUAUCAUGAGACAUUAUAAGAGCUCAUACAUGCUCAAUAAAGAAUUAUAGUGUUGCCAAAAUGACUUAUGGUUCAACCGUAUAUUGACCAUGUUUUCUGUGUCCAGCCCUUCCUGGCAGUCAUGCUGAUGUCGGGGCGCUUGGAGGUUCACAUCAACAUGGCAGAGGGUGGGAGCGUCCACAAGGUUGUGGUGAAAUCACGCUCUGGGAGCUUCAGUGACGGACAGGAGCACUCGGUCAUCCUGCAGAGGAACAGGAAGUGAGUGGCACCAGGAAGAGGGACUGAUUAAGCUGUAACACCUAUCAUGAUAUUAUGCUGAUGGAUGGCUCAGUCAUUAUAAAUGAUGUCAUUUGAAAUGAUACUUCCACACACACACGAUUACCUCUGCAUUUAUUGUGUUGUCUGUGACCUUAUUCAAUAACUUUCUAUGCUGAUGUUAUACAUAGGCCUACCCUCAGUUGAUAAAAAUGAUGGAUAUAUAACAACUGCCAUGGGAUUAAAGCAACUUUGAAAUGGCCAUUGAACAGCAGUAAAUACUGCAGAUUGUACCUUUAAUAAUCAUAUUGUCCAGUAUGGAAUAAUUUACAGGAAGUCUAUUCUAAGAGGAAUAGCACUGCAUUGUUAUUAUUGACACUGAGUAACAUACCACUGUGCGUGUCAUCCAUCCAGGAUGUUGGUGGUACUAGUGGAUGAGGACCACCAGGAGAUGGUACGUCUGUACUCAGAGAAGGCCUCUCUGACCCUCACCUCUCUGUACAUGGGCGGGGUCCCACCAGGAGAGGGCGCCGGGCUGCUCCGAACAACCACCUCCUUCUACGGCUGCAUCAGAAACCUGGCCCUGGACGCCAAGUGAGUCACACACACACACACACAAUACACUAUGAUACUUUAUUUGUCACACUAUACUGGAGCAGUCUGUUUUUAUCGAGGAUGCCAUAAAUAUGUUUGCAAGGCUAAGCAUCAUCUAGAAUAAUCUUUUUUUUGUCGCUGGUAACAAGGAGUAUGGCAUCCCUCCUCAAUUGGGGCCCUGGUGGUUACUCUUUGGUCGGACCCGUGUUGUGCUGUGUCCCUAUAGGUUGUUGGACCUGUCAGCUUCUGUGAGGUACCACAACGUGGACAUGGACAGCUGUCUAUUGGAGGAGAGGCCUAAAAGGGUCCUCCUACCUGACGACACUGACCUGGAGGCCGAACCCACUCCGGACCCUGCCAGAACCCCUCCACCACCCCCCAGCCAGCUCAAUGCGCUCACCCCCGGCACACUCACGGUACAGCCCACCAGAGUAGACACACACACACACACCUCUCAUCUAUUGGGAUUUACUGUAGCUCUUCCACUUUCAAACAGGUCACUAUGUUGUCAUAGAUAGUUCCUUGUCUUUCUCUUCAUCUCUCCAGUGUGCAUCGAUGGACAACACCACAUCCAUCCCAGAGGCCCACCAGUUUGGCAUCUCCAGACACAGUCACAUGGUCCUCAGCAUCAACCCUAACACAGUGAGGAGAAGGUCAGUACUGAGACCUGGCUCGUUGAACUACCUUCUAACUUCAAAACAUAACAGAUCGCACAGCAUGGUUUUUAUCAUAGAGAUCAUAUUCUAUGUUAUUUCUAUGAUUGUCACAAUUCUAGAUUAAUUAUUUAGGAUUCUCACUUCAUAGUGUUGUGUCUAAUUUGAGUCAUUUUAGCCUUGAUAUCAGUUGGCCCAUAGCUACAUGUGUAAAACAGGUUCAAGCCAGCAUUCCAGUACAUUGAAAUGGCGUAGGAAGGUACACUAGUAUGUGGACACCCCUUCAAAUUAUUGGAUUCGGCUAUUUCAGCCACACCGUUGCUGACAGGUGUAUAAAAUAGAGCACACAGACAAGCAAUCUCUUCAUUACGGGCAGUAGAAUGGCCCGUACUGAAGAGCUCAGUGACUUUCAACGUGGCACCGUCACAGGAUGCCACCUUUCCAACAAGUCAGUUUGUCAAAGUGGAAACGUCUAGGAGCAACAACGGCUCAGCCACAAAGUGGUAGGCCACACAAGCUCACAGAAUGGGACUGCUGAAUGCUGAAGUGCGUAGCGCGUAAAAAUCGUCUGUCCUCUACCGAGUUCCAAACUGGCUCUGGAAGCAACGUUUUAUUACAAAAAUAAAACUUAAACUCAUAGAAGUUUGACCCCAAGAGACACAUGUCAGAAGGGGUGUAUUAUGAUGAGCCUCUGUGGACUCUCAUGGACAAAGUGGAGCUUCAUGAAAUGGAUUUCCAUGGCAGAGCGGCCGCACACAAGCCUAAGAUCACCAUGCGCAAUGCCAAGCGUCGGCUGGAGUGGUGUAAAGCUCACCACCAUUGGACUCUGGUGCAGUGGAAUCGCGUUUCACCAUCUGGCAGUCCGACGGACAAAUCUGGGUUUGGCGGAUGCCAGGAGAACACUACCGGCCCCAAUGCAUAACGCCAACUGUACAGUUUGGUGGAGGUGGAAUAAUUCUCUAGGGCUGUUUUUCAUGGUUCAGGCCCCUUAGUUCCAGUGAAGGGAAAUCUUAACGCUACAGCAUAUAAUGAUAUUCUAGACAAUUCUGUGCUUCCAACUUUGUGGUCCAUACCAAAAUUGGUUUGUCAAGAUCGGUGUGGAAGAACUUGACUGGCCUGCACAGAGCCCUGACCUCAACCCCAUCAAACACCUUUGGGAUGAAUUGUAAUGCCGACUGCGAGCCAGGUCUAAUCUCCCAACAUCAGUGCCCUACCUCACUAAUGCUCUUGCGGCUGAAUGUAGAAAGUCCCCGCAGCAACGUUCCAAAAUCUAGUGGAACGCCUUCCCAGAAGAGUGGAGGCUGAUACAGCAGCAAAGUGGGGACCAACUCCAAAUUAAUGCCCAUGAUUUUGGAAUGAGAUGUUCGACAAGCAAGUGUCCACAUACUUUGUAACAUACAGGAUAGUGCAUGUCAAAAAAACCUCUUAAGGCCAUCAUCGUUGAUUGCUUUUCUCUGAGCAUGAGUGCAUAUCUCUUCAUUAAAGAGAGGAAUUAUAAUAGCCUCCCUAAGGUCUACCUAAUUUCCUGUCUCGGCUGUGGCCCAUUCUCUUUGUUUAAAUAUCUAUUAUUCACGAGGCACUGCUUGGAAACGAGCAGAGCUAAUGUUACACAUUGCCAUUGACAUAGCUAGAACUCUUCUCAAGUGUUCCACUGUAGCCUACAUUGUUUGUGAUUGAGAGGAAGGCACAGUUCAAUUAGCCUGGUCCCAGAUCUGCGUGUGCUCUUUCCAACUUCUAUUGUCACUGUCAUGCCAAACAUGUUGUGGGACCCAGCUAGGUUUUUGGUUGGUGGAUGCAUUCAUCAAUAUAUGAUUAUUAUGAGAUUGGUUGUCACUCCGAAACAAAUUUCCACUUCAAUUGUGUAUUAUUUACAAUUAUCCACAAAUUGUCAUAUCCAUUCAUUGCCUAUAUAUAGGUCUACCAAACCAUUAACAAAAGUCUUCAUCUUACAGUACAUCAUAGCUAACUCCAAAUAUAGCUUUGUCAGUAGAUGAAAUGCUUCAUAUCUCUUCUCGCUUCUCUCCCUGACAGUUUCUCUCUGGAACUGUCGGUGCGUACCUUUGCCCAGAGUGGUUUGCUCUACUACAUGGCCCACGCCAACCAGAUGGACUACGCCACUCUGCAGCUGCUGGGGGGACGUCUGUUCUUCACCUGUGACAAGGGCAGCGGCCCCGCCACCGCCACCUUCCCUGUGCCUGUCAAUGACGGCCAGUGGCACACAGUUAGUGACUACACCCUUCUGGGCCAGAGUGAUAGUAGAUUGCAGUGUUUGUUUGGGUCAAUUGCAGUUGAUUUUGGUCGAUUCAAGGGAUGCAUAACAAUAUUAUUCAUGAAUACAAAAAGCCCAAGUACAGUGCAUUCAGAAAGUAUACAGACCCUGUCACUUUUUCCACAUUUUGUUACGUUACAGCCUUAUUCUAAAAUUGAUUAAAUGUUUUCCUCAUCAAUCUACACACAAUACCCCAUAAUGACAAAGCGAAAACAAGUUUUUUGAAAUUUUGGCAAAUGUAUUACAAAUUAAAAACAGAUACCUUAGAUAAGUAUUCAGACCCUUUGCUAUGAGACUCGAAAUUGAGCUCAUGUGCAUCCUGUUUCCAUUGAUCAUCCUUGAGAUGUUUCUACAACUUGAUUGGAGUCCACCUGUGGUAAAUUCAAUUGAUUGGACAUGAUUUGGAAAGGCACACACCUGUCUAUAUACAGUGAGGGAAAAAAGUAUUUGAUCCCCUGCUGAUUUUGUACAUUUGCCCACUGACAAAGAAAUGAUCAGUCUAUAAUUUUAAUGGUAGGUUUAUUUGAACAGUGAGAGACAGAAUAACAAAAAAAAAAUCCAGAAAAACGCAUGUCAAAAAUGUUAUAAAUUGAUUUGCAUUUUAAUGAGGGAAAUAAGUAUUUGACCCCCUAUCAAUCAGAAAGAUUUCUGGCUCCCAGGUGUCUUUUAUACAGGUAACGAGCUGAGAUUAGGAGCACACUCUUAAAGGGAGUGCUCCUAAUCUCAGCUUGUUACCUGUAUAAAAGACACCUGUCCACAGAAGCAAUCAAUCAAUCAGAUUCCAAACUCUCCCCCAUGGCCAAGACCAAAGAGCUCUCCAAGGAUGUCAUGGACAAGAUUGUAGACCUACACAAGGCUGGAAUGGGCUACAAGACCAUCGCCAAGCAGCUUGGUGAGAAGGUGACAACAGUUGGUAUGAUUAUUCGCAAAUGGAAGAAACACAAAAUAACUGUCAAUCUCCCUCGGCCUGGGGCUCCAUGCAAGAUCUCACCUCGUGGAGUUGCAAUGAUCAUGACAACGGUGAGGAAUCAGCCCAGAACUACACGGGAGGAUCUUGUCAAUGAUCUCAAGGCAGCUGAGACCAUAGUCACCAAGAAAACAAUUGGUAACACACUACGCCGUGAAGGACUGAAAUCCUGCAGCGCCCACAAGGUCCCCCUGCUCAAGAAAGCACAUAUACAUGCCCGUCUGAAGUUUGCCGAUGAACAUCUGAAUGAUUCAGAGGAGAACUGGGUAAAAGUGUUGUGGUCAGAUGAGACCAAAAGGGAGCUCUUUGGCAUCAACUCAACUCGCCGUGUUUGGAGGAGCAAGAAUGCUGCCUAUGACCCCAAGAACACCAUCCCCACCGUCAAACAUGGAGGUGGAAACAUUAUGCUUUGGGGGUGUUUUUCUGCUAAGGGGACAGGACAACUUCACCGCAUCAAAGGGACGAUGGACGGGCCAUGUACCGUCAAAUCUUGGGUGAGAACCUCCUUCCCUCAGCCAGGGCAUUGAAAAUGGGUCGUGGAUGGGUAUUCCAGCAUGACAAUGACCCAAAACACACGGCCAAGGCAACAAAGGAGUGGCUCAAGAAGAAUUACAUUAACAUCCUGGAGUGGCCUUGCCAGUCUCCAGACCUUAAUCCCAUAGAAAAUCUGUGGAGGGAGCUGAAGGUUUGAGUUGCCAAACGUCAGCCUCGAAACCUUAAUGACUUGGAGAAGAUCUGCAAAGAGGAGUGGGACAAACCUGGUGGCCAACUAUAGGAAACGUCUGACCUCUGUGAUUGCCACCAAGGGUUUUGCCACCAAGUACUAAGUCAUGUUUUGCAGAGGGGUCAAAUACUUAUUUCCCUCAUUAAAAUGCAAAUCAAUUUAUAACAUUUCUGACAUGCAUUUUUCUGGAAUUUGUUGUUAUUCUGUCUCUCACUGUUCAAAUAAACCUACCAUUAAAAUUAUAGACUGAUCAUUUCUUUGUCAGUGGGCAAACUUACAAAAUCAGCAGGGGAUCAAAUACUUUUUUCCGUCACUGUAAGGUCCCAAAGUUGACAGUGCAUGUCAGAGCUAAAACCAAGCCAUGAGGUCGAAGGAAUUGUCCGUAGAGCUCCAAGACAGAAUUGUGUUGAGGCACAGAUCUGGGGAAGGGUACCAAAAAAUUUGGAAGUUUGGAACCAUCAAUACUCUUCCUAGAGCUGGCCGCCCAGCCAAACUGAACAAUUGGGGGAGAAGGGCCUUGGUCAGGGUGGUGACCAAAAACCUGAUGGUCACUCUAACAGAGCUCCACAGUUCCUCUGUGGAGAUGAGAGAACCUUCCAGAAGGACAACCAUCUCUGCAGCAUCCACCAAUCAGGCCUUUAUGGUAGAGUGGCCAGACGGAAGCCACUCCUCAGUAAAAGGCUCAUGACAGCCUGCUUGGAGUUUGCCAAAAGGCACUUAAAGACUCUCGGACCAUGAGAAACAAGAUUCUCUGGUCUGAUGAAACCAAGAUUGAACUCCUUGGCCUGAAUGCCAAGCUUAGGUCUGGAGGAAACCAGGCACCACUCAUCACCUGGCCAAUACCAUCCCUACGGUGAAGCAUGGUGGUGGCAGCAUCAUGCUGUAGGGAUGUUUUUCAGCGGCAUGGACUGAGAGACUAGUCAGGAUCAAGAUGAAUGGAGAAAAGUACAGAGAGAUUCUUGAUGAAAACCUACUCCAGAGCGCUCAGGACCUCAGACUGGGGCAAAGGUUCACCUUCCAACAGGACAACGACCCUAAGCACACAGCCAAGACAACGCAGGAGUGGCUUCGGGACAAGUCUCUGAAUAUCCUUGCGUGGCCCAGCCGGACAUGAACCUGAUCGAACAUCUCUGGAGAGACCGGAAAAUAGCUGUGCAGCGACGCUCCCCAUCCAACCUGACAGAGCUUGAGAGGAUCUGCAGAGGAGAAUGGGAGAAACUCCCCAAAUACAGGUGUGCCAAGCUUGUAGCGUCAUACCCAAUAAUAUUCUAAGCUGCAAUCGCUGCCAAAGGUGCUGCAACAAAGUACUGAGUAAAGGGUCUGAAUACUUAUGUAAAUGUGUAUGUUUUGCUAAUUUUAUGAAAAAUCAUCUAAAAACCAGUUUUUGCUUUGUCAUUAUGGUGUAUUGUGUGUAGAUUGAUGAGGGAAACAAAUAAUUUAAUCAAUUUUAGAAUAAGGCUGUAACAUAACAAAAUAUGGAAAAAGUGAAGGGAUCUGAAUUCUUUCCGAAUGCACAGUAUGUCACAAUUCAUGUUAGUUUCAAAUCAUAACUGAAAGCAGUGAUAUUACUAUGUAGGUUGUCAGGACUCAACUCUCCCUAACCCUGUCAUGUAUCUGUGGGUGUGUGCAGGUGAAGACAGACUUCAAUAAGAAGAGUGUGGUGAUCAGUGUAGACGGCCAGCCGUCAGCUCCAGUGCCGGCUAAAGGCAACACUUUGGAUGUGGAGAACAAGCUGUAUCUGGGAGGACUGCCUCACACCUACACUGCCAAGAAGAUAGGCAACGUAUGUCACACUACACCACACAACAUACACGGAGUGUACAAAACAUUAAGAACACCUGCUCUUUCGAUGAGACUGACCAGGUGAAAGCUAUGAUCCCUUCUUGAUGUCACUUGUUAAAUCCACUUCAAUCAGUGUAGAUGAAGGAGAGGAGACAGGUUAAAGGAUUUUAUAAGCAUUGAGACAUGGAUUGUGUGCCAUUUCAGAGGGUGAAUGGGCAAGACAAAAUAUUUAAGUGCCUUUGAACGGGGUAUGGUAGUAGGUGCCAGGCGCACCGGUUUGUGUCAAGAACUGCAACAGCAACGGGUUUCUCAUGCUCAACAGUUUCUCGGGUGUAUCAGGAAUGGUCCACCACCCUAAGGACAUCCAGCCAAGUUGACACAACUGUGGGAAGCAUUGGAGUCAACAUGGGACAGCAACCCUGUGGAAAGCUUUCGACAUCUUGUAGAGUCCAUGCACCGACGAAUUUAGGCUGUUCUGAGGGCAAAAGGGGGGGUGCAACUCAAUAUUAGGAAAGUGAUGUUUGGUACACUCAGUGUACUUCCUAUUCAUGCUGAAAUAUAGUUUUUAGAUAAUUGUUUCUGUGUUGAAAGCAGGUGGUACAUUUUCUGCUGAGUAAAUGUUUAUCCAUAACCCCAAAUGUUAAUAUUUGUAUUCCCUCAUGCAGGUGACCCACAGCUUGGCAGGCUGCAUCCAGAAGGUGAUGCUGAACAGUGUUAAGCUGGACACCCAGAGUCCAGUGUCCGAACACUCUACUGCUCACUGCUUCGCCGCAGCCCAGGACGGGACCUUCUUCAAUGGGAGCGGAUAUGCUGCUCUGAGUGAGUACUAACGCCCAUACACUCCAUACUUCAAGGCAAAGACUCGAAAAAUGCAAAAAAGCCAAUUAAAAAGUAUAUUUCAGCAUCCUUUCUGAUACAUUUUCAACCGGAAUAAUGCUUAGGAUGACAUCAUUUUAACGAGCUCAAUACAUAGAUACAUUUGGCAUGUUUAAUAACAUAAGUGGUAGUGCCUUUGUGUCCCUUGACUGUAUGACACAGUGAUCUAAACUGGUUAGUUGUGGUUUUUCCCUUGCAGUAAAAAAUGGGUACAAGGUGGGCUCAGACAUGGCGGUGGCUAUGGUGUUCCGCAGCACAGCGCCGGAUGGAGUCCUCCUCGGUGUCAGUAGCGCCAAGGUGGAUGCCAUCGGACUGGAGCUAGCCAACGGACAGGCGGUGUUCCACGUGAACAACGGUGCCGGGCGGUUGUCGGCCACGUCGCGGCUGGGCUGGUGGCUGUGUGAUGGCCGCUGGCACACCCUGCUGGCAAAGAAGACCAAGAACGCUCUGAGUCUGACCGUUGACGGAGUCACGGUACUCACUGACAACCCCCAUCCCCAGUCCACUUCGGCCGAGACCAAGGACCCGGUCUACGUGGGAGGCUUCCCUGGUAUGUUCCCUCUCUAGAAAACCUUCAGUCACUGUCCACAAACAACCCCUAUACCCUAAAUGCAAGACACGUCACUGGACUGGGCCUUUGUCACCCCUUUGCUUUGAUGUUGAUCAAUUUCAGUGUCAAGUAAAUUAAUUUGUUGGCACCCAUAUUGACCUCUCGCUCUCUCUUUUACAGACGGAGUGAAACAGAACUGCCUGACGUCCAGAAUGCCGUUCCGUGGUUGUAUGCGUAACAUCCGCCUGAUCAAGGGUCACGUGACCAACAUCCUGGACUUCAGUACCGCCUUCACCCUCCAAGGAGUGUCACCCCACUCCUGCCCCACCACCACCGCA